CUGAGCUCAGUUGGAGGUGCGGUGAGGGCCCUCUCCCCAGCUUUAUGGUCAGUAUUUGGUCGCCGUGUUGCCAUGGAGGGCAGUGCAAACUGGCGGACCGGGACAUCCAUGGUAAGUGAUUGUUACUGAGGGUAUUGGGGAGGGGGGCAGGCAGGGCAGCACAUAGCCGGCUCCCUGAGCUCAGAGCAGUCACAGGGCCUGCCAGCUCACCACCUCCCUCCCUCAUACAGCCACUGCCAGACUGUGCUCUGCCUGCAGCAAUGGACUACAUGACUCAUCAUGCUCAGCCAGCCUAGCCAGCCGCUAGCUUCAUGGUCAUAGCUGGGGGAGCAUCAUGGGAUAUAUAGUCCUCCACUGCUGGAGUGCUCUCCUAUCUGGUGUAGCAUCAUGGGAUAUAUAGUCCUCCACUGCUGGAGUGCUCUCCUAUCUGGUGUAGCAUCAUGGGAUAUAUAGUCCUCCACUGCUGGAGUGCUGUCCUAGCUGGUGGAGCAUCAUGGGAUAUAUAGUCCUCCACAGCAGGAGUGCUAGCCUAUCUGGUGGAGCAUCAUGGGAUAUAUAGUCCUCCACUGCUGGAGUGCUAUUAUAGCUGGUGGUGCAUCAUGGGAUAUAUAGUUCACUACAGCAGAUUGCUUUUUGUAGCCAUCACAGUCCCUAGCCUAUGUCUUAUUGUAGAUUUUUUUUUGUUUAUUUUUGGGUACUCGGUUUUGCUUUUCAUUUGGACUGGGAUGAUAAAUACUAACACAGGGAGAUUUAUUUACCAAACAUUGUAUUGUAGCAAAAAAAAAAUAAAAAAAAUCUGAAUUGCAAAUUCCCCCCCAAAAAAACCAAAGCACAGAAUAAUAGGGCUAGUCACUAAAUGGAAAACAUCAUCAAUUCAAAGUGAAUUUCAAGUUUUAGGCAAUAGUGGCCAAACAGAAGACUUAGCUGCUUUGGAUAACUUUUCUGGUUUUGCUAUUUUGGUCUAAAAUUAGGAGUUUAGAUUUUCUUGUAUGUAAGUAAUAUGUCGAUCGAUUUACUGCUGGGAAAGUUUCUUUUCCUGUUACUGUAGUGGAUGGCUAUGUGGACUGGGGACUGACUGCAUUAAAAUGUGUUUCAUUUAAUAGUUAUACAAGGGGUACUCAACCUAUUUAUACCUGCCGCCCACUUUUGUAUAUUUGCUGAUAGUUAAAUCUCCUUACCGCCCACCAGUAGUAGUAACAAUUUUUUUUAAUUUUUUUUUAGAAAGGAGUGUUUUUGUUUUUUAAAUAUGUAGGGUGCUGUGUAUGUUUGUGUGUGAAAGGUGUACUGUGUGUUUGUGUGAGGGAUGCUGUAAGUGUCUGAAGGGUACUGUGUAGUUUGUGAGGGAUGCUGUGUGUGUGUGUGUGUGUGUGUAAGGGGGCAGUGUGUGUGAGUGGUGUAGUGUGUAUGUUUGUGUGUGAAGUGUGCAUGCUGGGUGUAGGUGGGUGAGAUGUGAAAAUCUAUAUUAAUGUCUGCCCGUCCCUUCUUGUUACCUUUUACCAAGGAGGGGGGACAAUGCUGCAAGCCCUGGUGGUCCAGUGGUGGCAUGUUCAUUUUAGCCUGUUGCUCCUCCGGCUGCAAGCUGACUCUCCUGUCCUCCUGCGGGCACAGCAAUGUUUCAGAGCGUUGCCGCAGGAUACCAAGGCAACGCUCUGAAACAUUGCUGUGCCCACAGGAGGACAGGAGAGUCAGCUUGAAGCCGGAGGAGCUACAGGCUAAAAUGAACAUACCACCACUGCCUGUUCGUGGGAGGUUCAUAGAGCCUUCCAUGCACUUCCCUCCCUCUGCUGGAACUAAGUACCAAAUCUUUGCUUCUGCUGGCCUUGGCCCUCUGGGUGUUUUUGACUACCCCUGAGUUAUACAGUUAAUUACAGUAUACAGGUAGACACAUUCAAAGGAAUUUGGGUUGUCUAGAAUGUUUAGAUGUCUGAACUGUGAAUUACAAGGUACAGAUGUUUCUCUUUCAUGCCCCACAGCAGCAAAUUAAAAUAGUCCCCUCCCCAACUUAUAUUGCACACAUGCGGAAACGGUCCAUUCACAGGCUUCUCUAUGAGAAAUCUGUGAUUGGACUAAGUGUCUGGAUGAUGUCAGAAUGGGGUGUGGAAGAUCAGCGCCUGGUGCUUCGCCAAGCGCUGGAUGUCAGGUGAGUAUAUCUGUUUCUUUCAAAUGUUAAAGGGGAAGGGGGCAAAUAGUAAUGCCACAUAGAGCAUUGUAAAUUAAAGAAAACAACCACAACAAAAAACAGGUUUGGGGUUUAUUCAGUAAGUUGCAAAAUACAGGCUAAAAUAUCCAAGACCUGAAGAUAAGUGAGUUGAUGGUUUAUUUAGUCUAAUGACUACAAAAACGCAUGGAGAGUAAACAAUGAUCUGCUAUAAAUUUGAGCAGGGUCCUCUUUAACCUACUGUUCCUGUAAGUUUUAAUUGUAAUAAAUAACUAUUUAUAGUUAGAUCACCCCCUCUUCUAAUAUUGUAAAGCGCUACAGAAUCUGUUGGCACUAAAUAAAUGCCAAUAAUAAUAAAUUAUGCAACUAGGUGCAAACCUCAUACACACUCCCUCAAGGGCCCCCAAUAAUCAUAUAUACAAAAAAAAAAUCAGAAUGAAUACUAUAACAACUGCAAAAGUCUAUUUGACUAAUAAAUCCUUUAUUGGAACAAAUGAAAACAUACAACAUACCAAAUCUGUAGACAAAAUAAACAAGACAAAAAUGCUUUUAAUACAAAAGUAAUUACCACAAUUUCAUAAGCUUAAUAGGGCAGAGCACAAGCCACCCAUACCCCCAUUUGGAUUUGGUAUGUUGUAUGUUUUAAUUUGUUUCAAUAAAGGAUUUAUUAGCCAAAUAGACUUUUGGAGUUGUUAUAGUAUGCAUUCUGAUUUUGGGGGGGGGGUAUAUAUAUUAUUAAUUAAAUAGUGAAGUGAGAACACAAUUGCAAAGUACAUGCUAAAUUAUCCAAGCUGUGUGUGUAGAUGUGUUAGAAAUUUUUUCACAUUAUUCUGUAUUGACCUAGAUAUUGAAAUUCGGUGUUCGUAGUCUAUCAUUGUCUUACAAAGUUGGAUAAUAAACUGUAGUGGGCAUUCUGUCGAACAAUGUGUGGAAUUCAUGCAUACAAUGUUGUGGUUAUGGUGUUUAGUGUCCUUUUUAAGUAGCAUCGAUUUUAGUCUCUUCCUUGGAUGAUAGUGAAUUAUGGUAAGUAUAUCUGUUAGAAGGGUGAAGCACUUAUUGUGCACUCAAUGGGCAUUGUACACCUAUUCCUAAAACAGCAUUUAAGGUAUUUAUUUAUCACUGGCAUUUAUAAAACACCAACAUAUUCCGCAGCACUGUACUAUUACUGAAAAUAAACAGUACAAUCUACACAUGCCAAUUUGAAAGUUAAGAGCUGAGAUCUACCCAUGGAAGCUCUUCGAUACAAAGUGUCUAGUUGGUUAGCCUGUGAGCUUACAAACUUAAGGCUAUAAUGGCGAUUUGAUACAAGAGGUAGCUGGGGGAAUUUGGAAGUGAUGACCAGAGAAAAUGAAAGGAAAGUUGUAGCUACUGUUAAAGGAUCACUAUAGUGUCAGGAAAACAAACUCGUUUUCCUGACACUGUUGUGCCCUAAGGGUGCCCCCACCCUCAGGGUCCCCCUCCCUUGGCGCUGAAGUGAUUAAAACCCCUUCAGCAGCAUACCUUUAUCCAGUGCCGGGCUCCCUCGGCGCUGGUGACAUCUCCUCCCCUUAGCGUCGGCAAGUGCCGCGCACGCAUUCAAACAGUCCAUAGGAAAGCAUUUCUCAAUGCUUUCCUAUGGACAUUCUGCACGUUGGACGCGAAUUUCGCAUCCAGCGUCGCAGGUGUGCCUCUAGUGGCUGUCAGGAAGACAAUCACUAGAGGUUGGAUGAACCCUUCUAUGUAAACAGGGAUCUGGCACCCAGACCACUUCAUUGAGCUGAAGUGGUCUGGGUGACUAUAGUGUCCCUAUAAUGUGUAAAGGGAAUGAGGGGGUAAUUGAGUAAGAUCUCAGCUGGAUGAGAAUGCUAUAAAUUUAGAAGGAACUGUGCGGGUAGGUAGAGCUUAGAGAAAACGAAGAGUCUGAUUUUGUGCUUGUGACCUGGGUUCGUGAAUCAAGGCCUAAGAAACAGGGAUGGAGAGAAAGCAUUGUUAUAUGAAGGUAUUUACAACUAGGAAGUCAAAGGAUGGAGAGACAAGGAUUGGGUAGAGCAAAUAUUUGCUGUUUACAAUUGAAAAGUUUACCAACCAAAUUCUAUCACCCCAAAUAUUAAUGACUAUAUGUACAUAAAAUAUUGGUGGAGUACAUUCACUGAAAAUAACAUUGAAAAACUGCAUGUACAGAAAAUUACAGUGGUAAACAAGAAGUAUAAAUGGUAACAUUGGUGUAGUAAAAAUGGUUAUAUGGUGACAAAGAGAGUAAAUGAGGUAGACAAUCUUCCAAGGUUCAGUCAGAGUUUUUUUGCUGUAGGUUUGUAAAUCAAGGCCUGUAUGUUUCAGAGUGAGGAGAAAUGAAGUCUGAGUUUUUGCUUGUGAGCUGGAUUUGGCCAGUCCUGAUUGGUUACUCAACCGAGGAGCCUGGUUUCUUGGUGUGCAUGUGCUGGAAUGAUGCCCCCAGGCAUGUUAUCUUGUCCAUGAUGCUAAUUGUGUCACAGAUAUCACCUAUUAGCUUUUUUUUUUUUUUCUUCUUCGUGUCCUUACGUCAUUUAUGUCUUGAAGUUUUGACUCCCUGUCAUUUACCUUUUAUUUAUAUUUAUUAUCCUUUCUUCCUUGUGUUAGGUUGCAAUAUCUGGGUGCUGCAAUUUUGUCUUCUGUCCAGGAUAACUGCAGUUUCUGUGGGGGAUUGAUUUUUACUGAUUAAUUGUGGCUAAUUUAGCUUGGCAACUGAAAUGGACCUUCUAAAAACAUUUUUUAAUAUGAUAUUCCUUUCAUCAGAUUUGGAAAGGAAGUAAAUAUUUUGAAAUUAAUAUUGUAGAAAAAAAAAUUUUAAUUAAAAAAAGCGAGAAUACCUAAUUCGCUCCUUUUGUAUAUAAUUGGACCCUUCAGCCAUUUACAUGCACCUUGGGUCAGACAGUUUUCAGAACCGACAGUCUCUAAAAAAAAACAAAAACAAAACCCAACCUCUUCUUUACUUUCGGUGCUUGAUAAAAGGAUUAUUGUAUUACGCAGUAGUUUUAAGGUCACAGUUGUCCUUUAAGCUCCAACAGAUUUGCACAGAUCAUGUUCCCUAUCAGCAAAGGAGUCUCUACUUUUUCUUAUGGGUGAGUAGAAAACUAAGAGAAAUAAAAACUAAAACAAGGAGAAACUGCAGGACAAAAAAAAGAAUCAUUUAAAAACCAAAACCUGACUAGUGACAGUGCUGCUUUUGGGACCUACCAAAGCUGGCAGGCCUGUUAUUACAUAACGAGGCUCUCUAUCCAGCCUUACUGCAUAGUGCAAGUAUUAUGUUGCCUCGAGUCUCUGGGUGCCAUUCCACAGUUUGAAAAAAAACAUGUUUCUCCGUGACUUUUAGAUGCUGCCAUAUGUAAGCCACAUUGAUAAUGCACAAUUACCACUUUAGCAUGAUCACCUGGACAGAGGUGAUUGGCAGAGAUUUCUUCUUACCCAUCAUGCUCUUCCUAAUACUGCCAUCCAGACAAGACAUAAAAACUGUCUUUAGAAGUUAUUACACUUUUAAUUAAACUUUAUCCACAUACAAGUGUAUUCUGCAUGCUCUAGUGGUAAAUUACAGAGCUGGGGAUAAUAAUUUCUAAAUGAAACACACACAUGCACACAUGUGCCAUAAAAGAAACUAAAAAAGUUGAGCUUUUUUUUUUUUUCAUUUUUUUUUUUUUCAAAGUGUGUAGGGGGUCUGUGUGAGUUACAGCCAGGGCAUGCUUGGUUAGGACUGCGUAAACCAAGUGACGGAGAGCUCACAUCAGAUCUCAUGGCUGUCAUUCUGGCUGAGCGUAGUUGGGGAGUGGUGCCUGUGGCAUUUUAUAUGAAUUCAGACCAUUAAUAAAUGGUUUGGCUGCUUACAGUUUGUGUGUUUGAGGCAGGGCACUCCUCGUACCAUAAUCACUACAGAGCUCUAUUGACACUGCAGUGGACUGAUUAAAGCAUUAAAGCUGUUUGAUUAAUUUAAAGUUGUUAUGGUGCUUAGAGUGUCCUAUGAACUAUGGCCCAGUCCUGUUUUCAUUCUUAUAGAGUAUCUGUGACACUAUUUGAGAAUUACAGUCCACAGGAGCCUCUCAACCAAACUGAACCCAAAUCUGCCUAAAAUGGGCGAAUAUUAUCCCCUAGCUACUGUGCAAAUCUAGAAGAUACUUGCCUCUAAAGACUUAAAGGGUUACUCCAAGCAUCAUAACCACUACAGCACAAUGUAGUGGUUAUGAUGCCUGCGGUACCCUGGCCUGGUAAUGUGGCAAAAUGUUUAGCAACGGUUUUCCUCCUUACUAGGCUCCCUGCCGGGCUCCAGGGCUCCCUCCCUGGUGGCCCAAUGACACACUACCAGCUUUUGCAGAGCUGCGGAAGAUGUUAGCCGUGGUGGUUGACAUUCGUUGGCUGAGAGUGCCAGCUGACUGCUCUCCGGUAAUGACUGUCUAUCUGUGCAACAAAAGAAUUGGCUGAUGACACCCCUAUGAUUACACCUCUGGCAGUAGAGGAGUUAAUCUCUGUAUGUGCAGUGUUUCUGUAAUAAAUAUGUAUGUAAUAUUCUACAGUUUCCAAAUAAAAUGCUGCACAUACACACUACGUUCAUUUCAAAUCACUGAAGUGGUCAUGGUCCUUGACGUAAUCCGUUAAAGAUGUUAUUACAGCAAAAGGUGGCUUGACUAAAUAUCAGUGUAAGAAGUUUGAAUACAACACAUUUCAGUUUUUCCUUUAAAUAUCGAAUCGGCAGUACCUAAUGUUGGUUUUAAAAUCUACUCAAUUGCAAUAGAGUUUGCAAUAAAAUUACUGCUUGGGCACUUGUGAGUGUGUAUCAUUUGUAAAUUAGAAAUACGUUUUCAUUUUGAAAGGCUAUGUAUCUGUUUUCAAGGCAACUGGUAUUGAUAAAGUGAAUUGGGAAUUGAUUUAAAUGUCAGCUGUAAUAAAGUUAUUGAGUAAUCUCUCCAGGGCAGCAAACCUGUUCAGUGCGGGUUAAUGGUAGCAAUGAAGAUAAUUGCAGGUUUGUGCUUGAAGGUGAAAAAAGUUAUGAUUUGAAUAUUUAAUUUCAGUAAAAAGGUCAUCAUCCACUUACAGAUGUAAGAGAGAGAAUUAGAGGCACAAACCAAUCAGAAUAGGAAGGACAGGCAUCUAUUGAUCCUCUAGCACAAAAUAGCAGACAGCAAACUCUGAAACUGGGGACACCUCUAGGCCACAACAGUUGCUACUUGAAAAAGAUUAUUGGUGAAAUGCAUUGUUGGAUUCUUUUAUUUAUUUUAUUUAUUAAUAAAGCAUUGAGGUUCCUCUAGUUUUGGACUUGCUAGACUUUAUUGUUUUUUUUUUUUAAAUGUUAUUCUAUCAUUGUUCCUGGCAUUACCUGAAGCACAUCUCACUGGAUUGCUACCUUUAAAUCCUUGAUAUGGAUUGUUAUACCCAUGUUGCAAAUACUGAGCAAAUCCAUUGCUCAAAAAAUUGUGAGUGCAUUUUCAGUUCUUCAUAUCUAAUAUUACGAAGAGAACACUAUAUUCCGUCUCCUUUUUUUUUUUUUUUAUAUAUAUAUAUAUAUAUAUAUAUAUAUAUAUAUAUAUAUAUAUAUAUAUAUAUAGGAAAUCGCUGGACGACAAGUGUAUCAACUAUAUCUCUUGGUGGGGAUUAUACCACCUUAUACCUGAAAAUGUGAGUUUUAAUAGAAAGCUCUACACUUUUGACUGUACAUUUCAUAUUCUUUGGCACUUUAUAUGCCCUGUAGUUAUAAUAUUGCACUAUCGGAUUUUACUCUCAUUGGAUGUUCUACUGGGGCCUACAAGACCAGCGCUUCCUACACCUAUAUCCAAUAAUGGGGAUUAUACCACUACAUGCUGAUAUUACUGGAGCUUGUGGUUAAGCUUCAUAAAGUGGACAUUUAAGCACUCUGUUGUCUGUCAUUUACCCAGUAUACUAAGUACUACAUUAUCAUUAUUCUUUCUCUCUCUUCUAUCAAAAUAUACGCCUAGUGAGGACGGAAUAGACUGCAAAAUAACUUCGGCCAUUAGAAGAAUUUCUGGACUUUAUUUUAUUCAUUAGUUGUUGUUAUUUUUGCUUUUUUACUUUUUAUUUUAUAUGUUCUAUAGUAUCUACUUUUUGUUCUCUUAUUUUUAUCCAGUAAUUUGUUUCUUUUUUUUUUGGUGCAACCUAUUUGUAUUUGUUUGCAUCUAUGUAUCCCCUGAAUACUUCUGUCUUCUGAAGUGGGUGAAUCGUCUUGUAUAAAGUAAAAAAUAACAACAAACAAUUUACUCAUUCCUUAAAGGAACCCUCAUGACUUAAACCUGUAUUCCUAACGCUAUAGUGCUCUAUUUACAGAGUAAUAUUAGGUCCCCACCUUUUUCUCCAGCACCUAGAUUCCUUCUGCACUGCUGGCUGCUCUGCCUCCUGUGACUUCAUCCAGCUAUUGAGCCGAUGGCCAAUCCAGUGUUAAUCACAGAGGAGCAUUGGUAACUGAUGUGCAUGCACGUCGAGCAAAUCCAGAUACUUCUCUUACGAAAGCAUUGCAUUCAAUGCUUUCCUAUGAGCUGCAACCUCACGUAACACAGGAAGCGCCUCUGGUGGAUGUCUAGAAGGCAGCCACUACAGUUGUGUUUAAAAUAUAUAGGUGACAGGUUUUUAGCAUGUACAGUUGAAUAUAUAAUGCAGCUCAAGCAACCCAAUCCAAAGCCUCGCUGUUCCAGUCCAGUUUAAAAUGUGUGAGAUGAAGGGAGGAUGUAGCGCCUUUAGGGAAUUCUCAGACAUAGAUAAAUAUGUAAAACAAAAUGAAGAAUCUGACACAAUACAGUGUAGUAUUUCUAGUACAAAUGACUAAAGGAAAGUUAGGCACUUACAGUGUGUAGAGCUUAAAUUAGCUCUAUUUUCAUGCGAUUGGGAUAUACAAUCCCCGUCUAGGGAUAUCUUGUGUGUACUUUUAAUCCAGCAGUAAGUGCUUAGGGGAAUAUGUGAGAUAAAACCAAAUCUGGUGCAGUAUGUAUUUAGUACUGAGGAAGAAUUCAAAAUAAAGAAAUACAUUCACAGUAUAUAGAGACACCACCUAGCUCUCAGAAAACCGCAUAGGGUGCUACAAUCCCCACUUAAGGAUCUUAUUCGCUUGCAGGUGCUCUCGUGGUGUAUACGAGUAAAAAACGAAAUAAAUAUAUAGUGCUCACUGUUAUAGGUAAAAGGUGAUAAAAGUAUGAGAGGUACUCACACCUGGAGCAAAAGUGGGUUUUGCUCAGUCCUCUGGGUUCAGGUGGUAUAUCCUCCACCAAAGGCAUACGUUUACAGGCUCAAAAAAAAACAGUCAGGGUAAGUCCAGGGAUAAAAAAAAUAUAUAUUUAAAAAAAAAAAAAACCACAAACUAGUUUGUUAGAGAACUGGCAAUCUAAAAGAAAAAAAUAUAUAGUAGUAAAGGAGAAGCGCAGCCACAUCUUGUUCAGUAGCCAGGGAGAAAGUCUGAAGGAUAGGAAAGGCAUGAACUACUUGUGGUUGAGAAAGAGAGCGACAAGGCGCGUUCCUUCUCUCUGCUUGGACAGAAGGAUCUGGGACAGAAUAAAGAGAUGUGGGACAGAAUAAAGAGAUCUGUAUGGUGACAGAAUAAAAAGAUUUUGAGACAGAAUAUGAAAAAAGUGACAAAAUGAAAAGUAUGCUGUUUGCGAUAAACUUUGCGUAAAAUAGUUUAUUUGCACUUAAUUUUAAUGGUUCAAAGAAUGUCAGGCAAAGUGGUUGGCCCUCACGCAUGUUCACUUCAUUAAAUAUGGCCCUCUUUCAAAAAAGUUUGGACACCCCUGCUUUAGGAGCUCUCCAUUAGAGUAAAUCUGUCAUUACAUUCUCCCUUUAAACCGCUAAAUUGGUCAUUUCAUCUGGUUAAUCACAUACGGAGCUCAAGCAAAAGAUGACUUGCUGGUCUUGCAGUCAGGACUCAAACAUCAUUAAACGCAGUUGAAAGGGAUUAAUGCACAUGUUUACUUGUUAAUACGGUUUAAGAUUUCCCCUUGCCAUUUUGUCUCUAUAAUAGUCUAAAUUUUCAUGGCAUGCAUUCAGCAAAGUGCAGGAAGCAUUUCUUUUGAUCCAUGUUGACGUAAUAACAUGAGGUGAUUUUUGGAGGCUUUUGAAAUACACUGAGCCCAUUGUCAUCUUCGUGGAGCAAGCUUGAGAUGGCGUGCUUUAUGACAUUUUGUUUGUCCUGCUGUAAGUCUUCUUUAGAAAAUGUGUAAGCUGUGGACACAAUCAGCAACAAAAUUCAGGUCAGCUGUGGCUUUUUUUUUUCUUUUGUAAAGUGGCCUAAUUUUUUCCAAGAAACUAUUUCCCGCAUCAUUUUAUCACUAUGCUGAACCACUACUCAUGGCAUUAUGGGUGCAUGGAUAGCCUCAGGUUCCUGUUCUGAGCAUCCAUUUUACUUGUGAGCUCUCUCAUUACCUGAGGUUUUCUCCCACAGGCAGGGCCUGCACUUUCUAUAGGCAAAUUAGGUGGCUGCCUAGGGCGCUGCUUAAGGGGAGGGCACCGGUCCUGGCUUUAUGAUUGUUUGUGCUGCGGCCGCCCCUCUAUCAAGUUUGCUUAUUUCGAGUGUGCUGCCGACCAUGUUACUGGGCGCUUGUUAGCACUUACGUGUUGCUGACACGCGCUCGGUAGAACAUAGGUAUGGCAACAUACACAUUAACCUUCAUAGCCAGCCCCCCCCCCCCCGCCACAGACAUCCAUCGCAGCGGCAGCGCAAGGGUUCUACAAUUCCUCGCUCCUGCCCCUUUUUGUGUUAGUGGAGAGAAGUGGGCGGGAGCAUAACAGCAAAUGUGCUGAAAAAGGCAGUGAUGGGCUGCCAGGCACAGGCAAGAUGAACAUAGGAACAGCAAAGAUAAGAUGUGUGAAAGAAUGUGUGUUAGUCUGCUUCAGCCAGUAUGUCUGUGUAAUUUCUGUCUGCAUGGAUUAGUGUGUGUGUGUUUAUGGGUCAGUUUGUGUGUCUGCAUGGGUCAGUGUGUCUGCAUGUGCCAGUGUAUGUGUCUGUAUGGGUCAUUGUGUGUAUGGGCCGGUGUGUGUGUCUGUAUGGGUCAGUGUGUGCCUGUAUGUGCCUGUAUGGGUCAGUGUGUCUGCUGCUUACUGGAUGUUUUGUUUUAUGUACAAUUUCUCUGGAAACACUAGAGACUGUGCUUAAAGAGACACUAUAGUCACCAGAACAACUAUAGCUUAAUGUUGUAACUCCUGCAAUGUCAUUGUGGCAUCCAUUAACCAUGUGGUCAGAUUAAUCCUAACAUCAUUACCACUAGAGUGGGCCUUUAAACAUUUCAGGAGAGCAUCUGUUUCGUCUUUCAUCUUUGUCUGCAUGCUGUCUCUUAUUGAAACCAGAAGGCACUGCACACGAGGACAGAACUUCCUGAUGGAAUCAAUUGGUAUUCCUGAAGUGUGGUCAUUAAGCAACAUGCAUUUCAAUAUAGAUGCCCCUGGUAGUUGUAGUACUUUGGUUGAGAUCCUUAUGAAUUUAAACACAUGUAAGGACCUUUAAAAUAUGUGUUUAUAUUUUAUAGCUCAUUAUGAACCCACCUUAUGUUUGUUAGUUAUUUUUUUGCAGUGGAAACCCUUUGUCCACUUGUUUAACCACACUGUUUGCACUGAUAUGUAAAUUAAAUAAUAUUCACCUGUCCAAGUGGACUUUGAUGUUGAAUCAGUUGUUAGUUUGGUAACCACCUUCUGUUCUCAUAUAGUAGAUUACACAGAAACUCAGUGUUCCAUGGGAAAUCCCCGUAAUUCAUGAGUUCUAUAGUUGUUAAAGGAACACUAUACAAACAUAUAUUCCUAAUGCUAUUGUGACAUGCUUAAUAUUUAUGGUACGUUGCCCCCCCACCCCUCCUCCUCUUGUGAAGGAAAAAAGAUUGUUUAUUUAAAUUUUUCAAUCGCGAAGGUGGAUGGCUUUUGCUACUUGGCUGAGAUUAUUUUGAUGAUCUCAGCAACGGCAAUGCUUUCUGUAGUAAAGCAUUGGAAAACUAGUGUGUGUGCUCAGCAAAUGCAGCGGCAAUCAAAUGGUCUCUAUGAGACCGUCUGAUUGAAUAUCUGUUUAACUUGGCUAUUGGUGUUCCUACAUAUUUAAAAUGACAGGGCCAUGGCACAUAGACCAGUUUAUUGAGAUGGAGUGGUCUGGGUGCCUGCAAUGUCCCUUUAAGGAAAACUUAAUGCUAAAAUAUGAAGUUUAGAGAAACAUUAUUCUAAAGUGGGACAUAUGCGUUCAUUAAACUGAAAAUUGUAGAGUUACCAUGAGAAUUGCAAUUUUUAGCUUAAUUUGAAAAAUUCUCCAACUAUUCUUCUUUUUGUGGUCUAAAAACUUGCAGUUUUUUUUUUUUUUCUAUAAUUCCCUUUUUGGGAAUGUGCACUUAUCCACUGUAAAAUUGGGUACUAUGGAAAACAGUAUUUUCCCUCAUGCUCCAUAAUCUGGUCAGUCAUUCAAGGGUUACUCAAACCCUUUUUGGGAAUGUGCACUUAUCCUAUGGAAAAGAUUCCCCCUCCUCCCAUCCCCCAAAGUUUUACGCACCUGGAAACCAGUGCUAGGCAAAGCUUCUGACACUGACUUCUGUACCUACUUCCGACAUCACAGGGGCCGCAUGGACCAAUCAAUGACUUCUCGUAGAGGAGCCUGUGAUUGGUGCAGUGCGCCCUGACAACAUGCAAAAUAUGCACAGAUUUGACAUUAGACAGCCCGCAAUAGAGUUCCUAGUUGCCAAUGUGAGGUGCCAGGGGUGCAACUAGCUCCCAGCACACAAUUAAAAAUAUUUCUCUGUGUGCCGUGUUUCAAGCUAAAACACUGCAUAUACUGACCCCUAGCACCAUUGCCACUUCAGAAAAUCACUGUUAUCACGGUGGUUCGAGUUACCCUUUAACUGAAAGAUACCUUGCCAGUUUUUUUACGAGUUCAUGGAAAAAUUAAUCGACAUUGUUGGAAUUUCAUUCUGAUUCAAGUGCAAUUUUUGGCAAAAUGUAGCAAACAUUGGAUCUUAAAACAGAUUCUGCCUUCUGCAUUGUGCCAUUUCGUAGCAGCUGCCAUUUGCAAUGGCUGAUAGAACAGCCAUUCAGCCACUUUCUUAUAUACUGCAGAGCUUACUUCUGGUUGUUAGUAGUGGAGGCAGAGAACAGCGCUCGGCGUACAAUGAGCUGCCGUGGUAUUAAAUGUCUUUCUGUGCCUUUGCGGACAAGGCAUUUCAUGUUUCGAGUUGCCACAUAGUUUAUGCUGAAGAGAAACAAAUUGUGGAGCAUUGUUCUGUUUCUAGGGAUCUUUUACAGAGAAAUAGGGGAUUAUCUGCUAAAUAAAUGACAAGAACAAUGCAUAGCGCAUAAUUGUGUGUAUGAAUAAACCAAGUGUAUAAUUCACAAAUGGCCACUCACACUUUCUCUGAAAUUAGAAUGCCUUGAAAAUAAAUUUCUUUUUUCAGCAUAAAGGCCUUUCCAGGAAUAAUUCUUCCAUCUACAUUUAAACUCUCAUGGAUCAGCUGGAAGAUCAGCUCAAAGAAAAAGCAAUAAAAUUGUAGUGCACAUAAUAAGUCUAUAAUUUUAAUGGUAGGUGUAUUUUAACAGUGAGAGACAGAAUAACAAAAAAAUAUCCAGAAUAUCCAGAAAAACGCAUGCCAAAAAAAGUUAUAAAUUGAUUUGCAUGUCAAUAAGUAUUUGACCCCUUCGACUUAGUACUUGGUGGCAAAAACCUUGUUGGCAAUCACAUGGGUCAGACGUUUCAUGUAGUAGGCCACCAGGUUUGCACACAUCUCAGGAGGGGUUUUGUCCCACUACUCUUUGCAGAUCCUCUCCAAGUCAUUUAGUGUCACGAUUACUAUAUGACCCAACACCCAGAACUAUGUAAAACACAAUGAACAAGGAUAACGUAUACCGGGCCUUAGAAUGGCCGGACUUAAUGUAAAUAAAGAAUGUUCAAAAUACCAGCUGAGGUCAGGGACACAGAAAGAGACACAACGAGGAAACAAGCGAAAAGUCAAGGAAACCAGAAAUACAGGAAAGUCAAAUACCAAAAAGAGCUAGAAUAGGAACACACUCUCUGUUAACCAACUAGUGGAAACCACGACAGGGCACUGACCAAAUGCUAUUUUGAGUUUAAAUAACCCUCCUAAUGCUAUGAUUUGUUGUACAUAGCCUUUGACCCCAAAACGUGCGUGCACAUCACACGCACAUCGGCGCCAUAUUUGUUGAGGACGGAGGCGGGGGGGGGAUUUGUUUGUCCAGUCAGGGAUCGCUCCACAAGGGUGCUGAAUGGCAAGCUGACUUGCCUUAGGCACUUUUUAUUAUUUUAACAGCGUGACCGCAGCGAUCAGAUGCGGCCACGCUGUUUGGACAUGCGGGGAUGUGACAUUAAGGUUACGAGGCUGACAUUUGACAACUUGAACCUUCAGCUCCCUCCACAGAUUUUCUAUGGGAUUAAGGUCUGGAGUUGGCUAGGACACUAUAGGACCUUAAUGAGCUGCUUCUUUAGCCACUCCUUUGUUGCCUUGGCUGUGUUUUUAGGGUCAUUGUCAUGCUCGAAUACCCAUCCAUGACCCAUUUUCAGUGCCCUGGCUGAGGGAAGGAGGUUCUCACCCAAGAUUUGAUGGUACAUGGCCAUGUCGACCAUUCCUUUGAUGCGGUGCGGUUGACCUGCCCCUUAGCAGAAAAACACCCCCAAAGCAUUCCUCCACCUCCAAACACAGUAAAUUGAGUUGAUACCAAAGAGCUCAAUUUUGGUCUCAUCUGACCACAAAAUUUUCACCCAGUUCUCCUCUGAAUCAUUCAGAUGUUCAUUGACAAACUUCAGAUGGGCCUGUACAUGUGCUUUCUUGAGCAGGGGGACAUUGCGGGUGCUGCAGGAUUUCAGUCCUUCACGACAUAGUGUGUUGCCAAUUGUUUUUUUGGUGACUUUGGUCCCAGCUGCCUUGAGAUUAUUAACAAGAUCCUCCUAUGUAGUUCUAGGCUGAUACCUCACCGUUCUCAUGAUCAUUGAAACACGAGGUGAGAUCUUGCAUGGAGCACCAUACCGAAUGAGACUGACAGUAAUUUUGUGUUUCUUCCAUUUGCGAAUAAUCGCACCAACUGUUGUCACCUUCUCACCAAGCUGCUUGGCGAUGGUCUUGUAGUCCAUGCCAGCCUUGUGUAGGUCUACAAUCUUGUUCCUGACAUUCCUGGCCAUGUAGAGAGUUUGGAAUCUGAUCGAUUGCUUCUGUGGACAGGUGUCUUUUAUACAGGUAACGAGCUGCGAUUAGGAGCACUCUCUUUAAGAGAGAGCUCCUAAUCUCAGCUCGUUACCUGUAUAAAAGACAGCUUGGAGCCAUAAAUCUUGCUGAUUGAUAGGGGAUCAAAUACUUAUAUCACUCAUUGACAUGCAAAUACAUUUUUAUAACUUUUUUUGACAUGCAGUUUUCUGGAUUUUUUUUUUUUGUUAUUCUGUCUCUCACUGUUUAAAAUACACCUACUAUUUAAAAUUAUAGACUGAUCAUUUCUUUGUCAGUGGGCAAACAUUCCAAAUCAACAGGGGAUCAAAUACUUUCCCCCCUCAUUGUAUUGGAAAUGAGUUUUACUUCAUGAGAUGAUUGAUGCAUGUGGUGUCAUUGGUUUCCCUAAAAUAUUUAGAUUUUUAUGUUCUGUGUUUUUCCCUUAAAAUCAGAUUAAUAAUAAUUUGGAAGAAAAUAAAUCAAUGCAUUGUGAGUCUUCACAUAUUACAGGCAAAUAUAACCUGUUAUUCUGGUCUGUAUUUUCAGAAGCAAAUUAUUUGAGUGCCGUUUACUACAUUGACGCCGUCCAAAUCAUGUCCGGUUGAGCAGCAUACAACGCCAUAAUAUCUACUAUUAUUAUUACUUUGUUUACAAGUGUACUUUAGUUGGAUUGAAUUGACGUUGCAUACAAUAUCUCUGGGUCAGGUGCUGCCUAAAGUCCAUGAUGAGAAAUUACAUUUCUCUCCUUUUCUAUUUCUACAGUGGGCUGUAGUGUAGUCAUUCUGCUUGGAGUAACCUUGUAACAGUGGUUUCUUGACUGCCUUUUGUAAAGACACAGCCAUUCUCCCCCCUCCACCCCCCCAAAACCUCAUGAGACCGCAUAGUCCCUACUUCGUCUAAUGUAUAUCUUUUGGCAGUGUUGGCAAUCCAUCAAAUUGCAGUACAAUCUUUGUACGUUUUCCAUAUACCUUCAGAAGUGACUGUACAGCUUUAACAGCUCAGAAUAGCUUCACCCAUUACCCAGUACAAUCAGUACAUUAGUUCUAAACACGUCUAGUUGCUAUUUGACAAAACCAUUUACAUCAACAAUGCUUACAAAGUUUAAUAUAAAGCAUAAAAAUUUAAAUAUGACACUUCCUUUUUAACUUGUUGUUAGAACAGGAGCAAGGGCUGUCUACUGCAGCCAUGGCAAUGGUCAUCCUGGUACCCACAGCAAACACUUUAUUCACAUUAUAGAAAGUGCACAAAUAGGUGUUGUAGUCAAUAAGUUGGGGUUAGUUGUGUGUGCACAUGAAAGUGUUCUAAAUGUUUCAUAACUUUUGUGUAGAGUUGACUAUCACUCAAACGUAAGCACUGGAUCAUUACUGAAUCUUACUCUGUUACUCACUCCUUAUGAAGAACGGCAUAAUUGAACAUCUGUAAGGUCUGUCUUAGUAAUAUAUAACUGUAGUGGUAAGCCAGUGACAAUCCUAAGAAUAUGCAGCCUGUUGAGGGAUAGUCAAUCCUGGUCUUCCCAUAUGGUUUAACGGAAGAGCUGUGCAUAUUUCAUAAAAGCCUGUUUAGCACGUGUUUCAGUAGCCGUGAGCAGUUCAAUUCAUGAUUUAAAAAAAACAAAAAACACGAGUUAGAAAGUACAUGACAGUCUAUUAAAAGGUACAUGUGGCUUUUAUUAUCUUGCCUAGUAAUUUUAUUAAUAUUUCUAAUUAAUUAAGCAUAUCCAGUCUGAGCAUAUGUGCUGAUGCUAAAUAAACUGUCUAUUACAACACUAUAAAAGAGCUGCUACGAGUAGCCCUAAAUAGAUUACCGGUUCUUCUCUGCUGUGAAGUAAGAACUCCUUAAUAUAUAGGCAGGUUCUUUUUUCCAAAGAGAACAUGAGGUUAGGAUACACGGGGGUAGAGAAGAUCUUCACUGAUGCAUUUUGAGCUUGAACAUGCACUUCAUCUGGCACCUUAUCUGGUGAGGCACAAAGCGCGUUGGUGGUGAUCUUCACUCUCCCUCCUGUGUGCCCUUACAGUAUGUUCACUUUGGAAUAAAGAACAUUCAUCCUUAUCUAUGGAUCAAGGCUUUCUCUCUUCAUGAUGGAGGAGAUAUGGCAAUCCAUUUAAGUCUAGUGUCUCUCUGCAGUUGCGGAGCAUGCAUGCUUCUCCUAGGAUUCAGGUACGCCUUGCUGUGCUACACCUUUUUUUUUUUGUUGUUGUUGUUUCAAACUAUAUAUAUAUUUUUUCAUUUAUUUUCUCUGCUACAAGCACCAUGUCUCUUACAGUCUGCACACUAGCUGUGCUAGAUCCUAUAUAGCCAUGGGAACUGUUCUGACCACACAGGAUGUGUUGGUAAGGUCAUUGUGGUGCUUCGGACUGGCUAAGCAUUGUGAGCAAUAUAGUUAAAAAAUUCUAGAAUGCUAAAAUUACCCAUUCCUGACACAAAUUAAGUGAAGAAUUUUACAGAACUGUCCGUUUGAUGGUAUUCUAUUGAACUGUUAUUAUAUAUUCUGUUGCUAUGGUAUUGAUAUUUUAAAGCUAAUGUUCACUUAAAUGUUUUUUGUUUUUUAAAGUACCGUAUGUUACUACUCUUGAAACUGUUGAGGUUGAAAAGAAAAAGAAAAGCAAUAUCAUGUUAUUGUUUGCUUUUAAAAUCUUUUCCGCCAUGAGUAAUCAUUGUUAUACAGAAGCUUAAUGAAAUCCUCACAUACACAUAGCAGAACGAAAACAAAUGGGCGGUGCAGUGUUUGUUUUGGCUGCAUUACAGCUCAAGACUGUAGAGAGGCAGGAUGGCUUCUAGAGAGACAAUUUAGAAGAGAAUUCUAGAAGAUGAUGUGAAAAAUUACAAGAGCAUCAACAAGCUCCUUAGUAGCUUCUUGAGUAAGAAAAUUACAAGAGCAUUUACGAGCUCCUUAGCAUCUUGCAUAAAAAAAGUGAUCUUUGCAGACAAUGCCAAGGUGGAAUUGGCAGGAUUUGUCGAUAGACUGGAUAUGACGUGUAAAGGUGAGGCCACAAUCAAAAAUAAUACCAAGGCAUCAAGCUUGCAAAGAUGGGCUAAUACUUGUACCAUCAACUUGGCGGGAGAGAAACAGCGGAGUAUUAAUAUUAUUAGGAGGGAAGAGAAGAAGCUAUAAUUUUUUUUUUUAAGAUUUUUUAAAGUGGAAGAACAUAAUAUACGAGAUGGAAUAGAAUUGGGUUUCAUCGGCAUAUAGGUGGUGGUUGAAUCCAAAAAUAAUUAAUACGUUUGCCAAGAGAGGUAGUAUGAAGAGAAAAUAGAAGGGGACAAGAUGAGGGGAGGAGGUGUUACCAGAAGAGGAGACACUGAAGAUAGGACGGAAAACGUAAAAGGUUAGUAUCAUGAAGGCUAAGGGUGUGAAGAAUUCACAAGAGAGCGUAAUCAACGUUGUCAACGGUAGCAGAAAGGUCUACGAGAUUUAAUGUGAAACAAUGACCUUUGGAUUUAACCCUGGUCAGAUCAUUAGUUACUUUAGUCAGAGCAAUCUCAGAUGAAUGUGGGUGCGGAAGCUAGAAGAGAUUCGAGGAGGGAGUUUGUAUCAAGCGUAUCAGACGGGUACAGUCGUUCCAUAAACUUUGAAGAGAUGGGGAGCAUAGAUGUGGAGCUGUACUUAUUAGUCAAGAGAUGGCUUUUUAGGUACAACAGUAACAUGUUUAGGUGGGGUGGGGACUAUGCCAGAGGCAAGAGAGCCAUUGAAGAUAUGUGUCAAGGAGGCACAAGGCAAGGUGAGUGAGAUCUGAUAAGUUGUGAGGGAAUGGGAUCAAGGGACAACUGGUAGGCAGAGAGGAGAGAAGAAGUGCAGGUACAUCCUGUUCAGUAACUAGGGAGAAGACCUAAAGGGUAGAAGAGCGAGAUCAAUGCCAAGUUGACAGAGGAGUCAGGGGAGGAGAAUUAUUUUCUUAACUGAUUAAUUUUGUCAGUAAAAUGGCAUGCAAAGUUAUCAGCUGUAAGGUUAGUGUGUUGGGUGGCCACAGCUGGGAGAUGUAGAGAUUUGAAGGAGAUUGUGAGAGUAUGUACUAAUGAGAGAGGAAUAAUAUGACUGUAUAGCAGAGAGCUGCGCUGUACGAGUGUAGCAGAAUUUGUAAUGAAGAAAGUUUGGCAAGUUGCGAGAUUUCCUCCAGCAAGCUGAACAGGAGCUUUUUUGUAGGUAGUGGGUCGACUAAAUGUGCCAUGGUUGGAGAAGUGUCCACCUUGAGGUUAGGUUUUGAGUGGGGCUGCUUUGUCCAGGGUAGAGGUGAGGGUGGUGUUGUACAAGAAGAUAACCAGAGAGGGACAGAAGAAAAUAAGGAUGAAUAAGAGUUGAGGAUGCAGAUUAGCUGGCAGUUGCUGGAGAUCAAGAUAAUUAAGUUUUUUUUUUUUUCUAUGUUCAGAAAGGUUAGGGUGAGGAUGUUGGAUGAGGGAGCUAGGGAGAACAAAAUAUAAGUGGUGAUUUGAGAGAUGGAUCUUUAGAGACACGAGAGGCUGAAAAAAAAAUUGGUUACGGCUCUUACCAGUUACAUGUGUUGGAGAGGUUGCCCACUUGGAUACUUUAAGGGAGAAAGUAAUAGACGUUUUGAGGCCCCAGAGGUCAAAUGAUGGUUAAUUGGAAUGUGAAAGUCCCCAUGAAUUAGGGAUGGAAGGAAGUGGGGAAGUCGGGCAGUAAAUUGGUCUAGGACAGGGGUAGGCAACUUUUGGCACUCCUGAUGUUGUGGAAAAGCAAAAACCCCUAGCUUGCUACCUUUACUGUCAGAUCCUCUUGAGGUGUGAGUUAAUUGUAGACUACUGAAGGAUCAUGAGACAGAAGUAUACAUGCAUAUUUUCUUUGGGGUCAUAUGGCGGUGCACAAUCACUUUAGAUUGUAACCUAAUUUGGGCAGGGCUCUCUUUACCUACUGUUUCUUUAUGUCAUACGUAUUUUGCUAGAAUUAAAUAUUUGUCUUUUUUACCUUUUGUACAGUGCUGUGGAAUAUGUUGCUGCUACAUAAAUAAUUGUAAUUUCAUGUACUUUUUUUUAAAAUGUUUCAAUGAAGGGUCCUUUAAGUCCUUAUAUUUAGCCCCCUCCCCCAGAACCCUUCUUUUGCCAUAGCAGAGUGUUGUUGUUUUUUUUCUACUUUUUCUAAUACUGCAUCAUUUGGUUGCUAUUUGGUUAUGUUACUACUGCCAUUGGCUGAUGUUUUUUUUUUUAGUGGUUAUGGUGCCAGGAGUGACUUGGCAUCCUUCCACAUUAUGUAAUAAAAUCAAUUAAGAAUAGUUUGGCAACUUACCUGUGCAGGUCUGGAUGCUGUGUGUUAUCUGCCAGUGGGUGCCUCCCUUUUAAUGGGAUUUCACUUCAGUCAAUAGAGAAUGCUGACAUUCACCGCUGAAUUGUGACAAAUUAAAUUGGCAGUUCUGUAGCUUGGCAAAUAGACUUGUUUUUGCUUGCCAUAUUGCUAACAAGUGUUUAAAAAAACCAAACCAAACCAAAGGACGACAGACACCAGACAGUGAAAACCUAUAGAUAGACAUAAAUACCAGAUAAAACACUUAACCAGUGUAGACUCACAGGUAAUAAAGUUCCAAAUUGUGGAAGAGAAAGAAAAAAACUAAAAUAUCAUGGCACAAUACGUUUUUUACACAAAUAAAAUUAUAUAUAUCUCUCUCUAUAUCCACACGUAAACAAUAUUGCACAUAAAGAUACAUGUAUAAAUAACGCCUUGCCUUAUAGACUACAAGGACAUCUGCAUAGACCACUUAGCUGUAAGGGUUAAAUUCCAGCAGAUCUCCCAGUCGUGACUCGGGGCAUUCUCCAAGGAUGGUGUUCCUACAUGUAGCAGGGUAGGUACGGUCCAACACGUGCGCUGGUCUUUGUUUGAACAAGGCCUUCUUCACCUCUUGUAUCAGUUAUAUUCCCAUUUUAUAAUUGUAAACCGCUGUGCAAUAUGUUGGCGCUAUAUAAAUAAUGAUGAUAAUAAUCUGUCUGUGAGUGGUCCUAUAAGUGACUGCAUCCUCUAGUGUGCUUUAUCUCUUAUCUAGUAUCCUUUUUUUCAGUGUACUUUUUGUUUUCAAAUUGUUAGCAGGUGUAUGAAGAAUAAAACUUUAUUAGAGUUUAAAAUACACUUUCUUUUGGGUGCUACAGCAAAUCUUUAGCUGCUUUACAGUGAAUUUACUUUCCAUGUGGCCUCUCCUUUUAUUUAUAUGUCAAUUGAUCUUAUAUAAUCUGAUUUGAGUUCAUCGAUUUAUACAUCAGUAAAACUUUCUAUUCAUUUUUUCCUACAUAGUUUUCGACGUUUUUUUUUGUUUGGUUUUUUUGUCUCCUUCAUAUUUCCAGCUUGCAGCUUUUGGAAGAUUUUUCUUUUUGAUCGUUCACUUGCAAGAUGAUUAAGAGCCAAGUUGGUGUCUCAUGCUCCGAUUAUUUCUCGAAAGUUAAAUAAUCUGAGUUUGUUUGUGAUCUGGCAGCUGUGUCUUUUACAUACUGCUGCCACGUUUUACACGAAGAAUCAUUUCGCAGCUGAAACCACGAACCAGAACUGCAAGAUUGCUCAAAACAUUUCUGCAGACUGCUUCCUGGAAAAAAAUCAGUUAAGUUAUUUUUUUUUCUCUGUGGUUUGAUUGAUAGCAUUAAUGAAACCUUUGUGCAACAAACCUAACAAAUGUUUUUAACAUAUGGUUUGUUUGUUUUGUUUUUUUUUCUCUCUCCAUUGUUUUGCUUGCUUAUAAUGUGUCAGACAGAUCGAUACACAGCGCUACGGAACUUGUUUGCUCUUUAAAAAUAAUAAUAAUAACAACAAUACACAUAACAUACAACAGAUUGUUAAAGGAUUUUUUUUAUCAGGAAAUCAGUUUACCUCUUCCUUAUUAUUUUGUAUUGAUGUGGCACAAACACACUGUAAUGGUAAAAGCUGUUGAUUUAGUCUAUUUGGCUGUAUGGUAUCAUAUACAUUUUACGCGGACACAGAGGAAUUGUUUAUGAAGUAGAAAAUCCUUAGCUUUAGAGCUCUUAACUCUCAGACAAUUAUAGAUUUAACUGGACAGGCAUCUUUAAUACUUCAUUGCAAGUAAACCUAAAUUUUGGGGUGGGGAGAGGGGGUUGUUUUGUUUUUUUACGCUGUCUGAGAUCAUAAUUUGUUAAAGUACCACUAUAGUGCCAGGAAACUUGUGAUUAUAUUAUUAUAGUGUUAAUAGGUGCCCCCCUCCCGCUGGGCUAAAGUGGGAGGAAGAGGUUAAAAUCUUACCUUUCUUCAGCGCCGAGCUCCCUUGGCGCUGGGGACUCUCCUCCUCCUUCGGACAUCAUCGGCUGAAUGCACAUGCGCAGCAAGAGCCAUGUGCGCAUUCAGUCAGUCCAUAGGAAAGCAUUCUCAAUGCUUUCCUAUGGACACUGGCGUCUUCGCACUGUGAAAAUCACAGUGAGAAGCGCGGAAGCGCCUCUAGCAGCUGUCAAUGAGACAGCCACUAGAGACUGGAUUAACCCAUAUGUAAACAUAGCAGUUUCUCUGAAACUGCUAUGUUUACAGCAGGCAGGAUUAACCCUAGAUGGACCUGGCACCCAGACCACUUCAUUGAACUGAAGUACUCUGGGUGCCUAUAGUGGUCCCUUAAAUGAAUGAUAAAGUGGUUAACUUCAAAAUAUAUGCACUUUUGGAUGUACGCUGCCGUUCUUACAGCAUCAAUACUGUUGAACAUCAGCAAACAUCAAUGUUCAAUACUUUAGAAAUCAGCAAAUAUGUAUAAACAAAUCAGUGCAACUGAUCUAUACAAUUGAAAAGUUUUCCAAGAGUUUUCUGUUCUCCAUUUAAAAAUGGUUUAAAAAACCAACACCAAAAAAAACUACUCCCGUAGUCUUCUUGUACCAUAACUGCUACAAAAAGCUAUAGUGUUUGGAGUGUCUGUUUAAAAGAGGAGGGUGAGAUCUCUAGACCCCCAAUCAACCAUAGCUAUUAGAUGUGUUGAUAUGAGCUACUUGUAUUUACUUUCCUCCAAAGUGCAUCACUUUUAGAGUGACAGUCUUGCUUUUCAAUCAGAAUACCCGUUUUGUUGUUUGUUUUUUUGUAAAUCCUUAUUUGUUCAGUAGAUUUUUAGAAAGACAUAAACAAUGAAGGAGAUUUGUCUAAAGAGUAAACAUAGCACACAUCAUUUUAUAAACAAAUGUAAGAAAAGGUAAUGACCUUUUAGAACCAACUUGUGUUUCUUUAUUAUCUAGUUGUGUUUCUCUUUAAAAGCUUAUACUUGGGGUUAAAUACAAGUGAUGUGUAUUACUUUAUCAUAGCAAUAAAACAGUAAUGUAUGUGGUGUCUGAAUGUGUCACAGCUAUAAAGCUCACAGGAAAGUUUGAGUAAACAACAGUGAUUAUAAGUGUGGGCAAUUAAGAAAUUGGCUUUUUGUUGUGUAGUUGGCUAUCAAAAGCUCAUAAUUGCACCUAGACAUUCUCAGAAAUGCUUUGCUAACCAGGCUUCGACUUCCGCUUUCUAAAUUUUUUAUAUUUAUCUAAUUCUCUUACCUAAACAGGUUUCACUAAUGAAUCAUCAGUCAUGAAAUGUGAUUGAUUAAUUGGGGGGAAGUUUAUUGCGUACAAUGAUUUUGUAAAAUUUGGUUAUUAAACUGCAGAAAGCAAGAUUUCAUAUCUUUUGAAUUUGUUUAAGUUAACUUUUGUAUGUGAAAAUCCCUAAUUAAAUAUUCAAAUGUUCCCCUUCUUAUGCAGGAUGAAAAGGUUUCACCAUUGAAGUGAUGUUGUCUCUUUAACAGGGUCAUUUUGGAAAGGAUGCAGAGUGGACUGAGUGACCUAAACCAUUGCUUACCGUGCAUUUAGCGCAUUUGAAUGUCACAUUUUUGGGAAAUUUGACAAUCAAAAUGCCAUCUUCAGGUAGCACGCAGUCCCCAGAGGACACCAAGUGCCUCCUGUCUCCAGAAAAGACAAAAGGGAAAGGCUCAUAUCAUUUAGGUCCUCUCUUUGCUCAUCGGACUGAGAAGAUCGUGAUCACUCGCAGCGACAGUGUGCCUGAAGAGAAUGUAUUAAAAAUCACUAUCACCGAGACAACCGUUCUUGAGUCGGACUUGGGGGUCUGCAAUACUCGAGCACUCAUCUACCUCACUUUGUGGUUUUUCUUUAGCUUCUGUACACUGUUUCUCAACAAAUACAUACUCACCUUACUGGAAGGAGAACCAAGCAUGUUAGGUAAGAUCUUCUACCUUGAUUACCUAGAGAUUCAUACUAUGUGUUUUGCUGUUUUACCAGAGUAACCGUGUCUUUGUUCCCGUCCCUACUUUUCCCAUUACUGGGAUUGUCUUAAUUGUUAUUGCAUUAUCAUUACUACAACUAAUGCAUUCUACCUUUUUAAUGGACGCUUAUAUGUUUUGGCAAACUUUUGAAGGUGAGAUUAGGACAAGUUAGUUAUAUUUAUUUUGCAUCCAGCUGAGUUAAACUAUUUCAGAAUGAAUACCUAUAAAAUAAUGCAAAUCUAAACCUAUAUAAAACCUCAGUAUAAGCAUUUUCAGAUUUAAAAAUAAAAAAACCAAAACAUCUAAUGAGACCCACAUCUUAAAAGGAAAAAAUAAACAGUCGAAAAUAUCUUUUUAACAAUUACAUAAAAUAUGUAAUCCAAAACAGACUAUAUAAAAUGCAUCGGUAUCAAUAAAUAAUGAUUAACUAUUACAAAAAAAAAAAUAAUUCCGUACACUGUAAACUACUUCACUAAGCUGCAGUGGUUAUGGUGCCGGAAUACCCUGGCACGGCCCUCCCCCCAUUGUAAAGAGUUAAGCCAUUUAAGAAUUGUUUGGCUUCUUACCUGGGGUCUGCUGGACAAUACUUGCUGUCUCCACUGCAAGCCAGAAGCUCUGGUCACUAAGCUAAGACCGGUGGUGCAAGGCUUAGCUCAUUGGAUGAGAAGAUCAGCUGACACUCUCAGCCAAUGCACUAGCUCAAAGCUGCAGAGCUUAGCUCAUGAAAGUUAACCAAAGCUUCUGAGCAUGAUCUUCCAAUUCCCACUAAGCUGUAGAGGAGGCAGGGAGCAGAAUCCAAUAAACCCAGGUAAGUAGCCAAACCAUUCUAAAAAAAAAUAAAUGACUGCAUACAAUGGGGAAGAGAGGGGGUGGGACCAAGCACUCCUGUUACCAUAACCGCCAACGCUAUUUUGGAAGUGUUUAUAUCUGCAAUGCAUAAUAUUAUCAUAAAUACAAUUAAUAUAUACGUUCUUGUGCUUUAUUUAACCCCCUUCACUACAAAGUGAUUUGCAAAACAUUGCAUCAUCUCUGUAUAUCCCCAUGUAUAUUAAUUUGUAUAUGUUGUCCUAUUACCAUAACAUUACCCAAUCUAUAUCACCCGCAUAUUGCAGCCAUGUUGCAUGUUUGGACACGCACACACUGGUGCAUACAGACACACAUGGACAGAUACAGACAUACAGAUUGUUUAUCUGGAUGUUUGCAUGUCUAACUGGUUUUGUCAGGCAUCAUGUAUCUGUAUAUGUGCCUGUGAGUUUGUUUCUGGCAAUGAGUAUCAUUGUGUGUGUAUAUCUGGGACACUGUCUGGAAUGCAUCUGUGUCUGUGACCACAAGGGAGCAUCGGCAUUAAUUUUUUUUAAUUGCAAUGUCCAGUAAGGUCAAAUAGUUCUUUAAAUUAACCUCAUCCUGAAAAAGGAUUUUGAAGAAUUUAGGAUAGUAGUAAAGUCUGCUAUAUAGGCUAAUAUGCUCUUUUAUUGAUAUUUCAAUAUCAGGUGCUGUGCAAAUGUUGACCACUACCUUUAUUGGUUGCAUCAAGAUGUUCAUUCCCUGCUGUCUGUACCAGCACAAACCACGUCUUACCUACCCUUCAAACUUCCUCAUGAUUAUGCUUUUUGUGGGUAUAAUGAGGUGAGUGCACUUAACGCAGAGCACGUGUUUUUCAUGCCACUCAUGAUGUUGGGGAAACUUGUACUGAUAAACUCUAUAGGUCACUGAAAGGUAUUAAGAAUAUUAUGCGAUUUAUUGUGGUAUCACACAAUAAAUGAAGUCUUAGGCAAUGGCGUACACACGAUCCAUCUUGCCCCGGUGCAAAAAUUGAUCCUUGGGCCCCCUUGUCCCCCCCAUUUACUCUGCGUGGGCCUGGACCGCAAUACAUGGCUGCGGGCACCUGGUCGCAGGGCUGCGACCCCUGCGAACGUGGUAUGUACGCCACUGCAUGCAAAUACACUUAAAGGACCACCAUAGGCACUCAGAUCACUUCAGCUCAAUGAAGUGGUCUGGGUACCAGGUCCCUCUAGUUUUAACCCUGCAGCUGAAAACAUAGCAGUUUCAGAGAAACUGCUAUGUUUUUUACUGAGGGUUAAUCCAGCUGUCUCAUUGACAGCCGCUGGAGGUGCUUCCGUGAUUCUCACUGUGAGAAGACGCUGGACGUCCAUAGGAAAGCGUAGAUAGGUAGUACAAGCGCUUUUGUAUGUGCUAUUAAAUAUGAAUAAUACCAGACAAAUAUGAUUGGGCUGCUAUAUCACCGUGAUUAUCUUUUUAUCAUAGGAAAAGUGAAAAAAGUGGAAAAUAUCGGUGUAGCGCUCUAUAAUAGUGGAUCUCCCGGAAUGAGUAAAAAAGACUUAGCUAUACCUUGAUGGGUUGUUUGUAUUUAUAGCUAGUCCCAAUAUAUCCAGGUAAACCUUAAAUCAAAAACAUAAAUGUACAAAACAUAGUGUAAUCUGUAUACCAAAUGUAAAUAGAAAUAAAGUACAUAGGUAUCUAACUCACACUUUAUUGAGCUGAUAUACUAGCUCAAGUAUCUGCGCCUUAGGGUCCGAAAAGGAGGGGAAGGGUCGCCUUUACGGACCCUAAGGCGCAGAUACUUGAGCUAGUAUAUCAGCUCAAUAAAGUGUGAGUUAGAUACCUAUGUACUUUAUUUCUAUUUACAUUUGGUAUACAGAUUACACUAUGUUUUGUACAUUUAUGUUUUUGAUUUAAGGUUUACCUGGAUAUAUUGGGACUAGCUAUAAAUACAAACAACCCAUCAAGGUAUAGCUAAGUCCAUAGGAAAGCGUUGAGUAAUGCUUUCCUAUGGGCGGUAUGAAUGCGCGGCGCAUGCACAUUCAGAGCUGAGAGGCAGAUCGGGGUCGAGAGAUCCCCAGCGCCAAGGGAGCCCGGCGCUGGAGAAAAGUAAGUGCUGAAAGGGUUUUAACCACACACACACACACACACACACUCUCUCUCACAAACAGACGCAUACACACUAGCUAACAGACACACACAUUUACUGACAGACACACUCAGUGACAGACAUACAUACUCUCAAUGAGAAACAUACACUAACAGGCACACACAAACUAACACUCUCAGUAACAGACACACACAGUAACAAACUCACUGACACACACUAACACACACACACUGACCCUCACUAGCAGACACACACUCCAUAACACACACACACACACACACAAAAACUAACACUCACUAACACAUAACUAACACACAUAUAGACACACACUCAUAUUUAUUUAUUUAUUUUUAUAUAUAAUCCCCCAGCCUCCCUACCUUUUGGAGUGCUGAGGGGAUUCCCUGGGGUCCAGUGGGGCUGCCUGGCCAGCCGGUCCUGCAGGCGGCGAGGGAGCAUUCUCCCCUGAGCGCUCUCUGCCCAGCUCCCUCGCGCGCCACUUACUGAUGCUGGAGACGGAGUGAUGUCAUAUUCCGGCCCCGGCAUCAGUGCGGUGUGCGCGAGGGAGCUGGGAGAAUGCUCCCUCGCGUGCGCGCCCGCCCAGUGACAGCACUGCCAGCCUCUGGGGGGCCUGAGGUGGCCAGCUCCUGGGCUACGCAGGAGAAGAGGCUGGCAAACUGGUGUACAUACCCGGUCGCAGCUGCGACUGCGGUAUGUACGCCAGGGGUCUUAGGGAUGGUGAUAACUUUGGAAACAUAUCAUCCAUUAAACAUACAAGAACUAGAAGUAUCCAUCUUUCCCUGCAAAGCAAUGCUAGAUAUGGCCACUUUUGAUCAUCACUUUUUAUAUACCUCUUAAAGGGACACUAUAGUCACCAGAACAACUACAGCUUGUUGUAUUUGUUCUGGUGAGUAUAAGCCCUUCAGGCUUUUUGCUGUUAACACUGUCUUCUCCGAGAAAAUGCAUUGUUUACAUUACAGCCUAGUGAUAACUCCCCUAGCCACUCCUUAGAUGGCUGCUAGAGGUGCUUCCUGGAGCAGUGCUGCACUUUCCUCAUAGAGAUGCAUUUCCUCUAUGAGGAGAUGCUGAUUGGCCAGGUCUGUGUUUGACUGGUGCUGACUCUGCCUCUGAUCUGCCUCCUUGACAGUCUCAGCCAAUCCUAUGGGGAAGCAUUGUAAUUGGCUCAGAACAACACCUCUGCAAAUGUCAGCAGGCAGGUCAGGGGCAGAGGCAGCAGUUUCAGACUUGAAUACAAGUAAGAUUUUACUAUAUUUAGGGGGUGGGGGGCUAGAUGGUGUUUUUAACACUAUAGGGUUGGUAAUUCAUGUUUUGUGUUCCUAACCCUAUAAUGUUCCUUUAACUUCACAUAUCUGUUUUUCUGUCCCAUCAUGGAGACAGAACAAGUCAGUCUCAUAAAAGAAUGUGGGCCCAGUGUCUCUACAUCUAUCUAUAGUUCUCAUUUUUUAGGCUGACAGGCAGUAUGCCUAGUUGCCCAUCACUCCACUCCCCAGACAGAUUUCUCACUCUGAGCCAAGCUCAUUGGAGACAGGCCAGGGCACAGUGUGUUGCAAUUAAUAUCUUUAUUUUAAUAAGCUAUUUAUAUCACUCUCACUGUUGCAAUUAGUAGAAAUUAGUAGAAAUUCUCAAGUAUGCAGUGACAUGCACCAGGGGUCAUGUAGGUUAACUAUUGGUAAGAUUACUUUAAGUGCCUUAUUUUGGGUGAAUUUUGUACAUAGAAGUGUGUGGAUUCCUAGUGUUUCUUACUAGGUUCCCUUAAAUAAUUCAUGUGGCAGUGUAGUUAUGAGUGUGGUGUAAUUAUAUAUGGUUUACUUUAGUUUAUUUGUUUUUGUGUUUUUUUUCCACCAGGUUCGCAACUGUGGUGCUAGGACUUGUGAGCUUAAAGAAUGUGGCGGUUUCUUUUGCUGAAACAGUUAAAAGCUCAGCCCCCAUAUUUACUGUCAUAAUGUCAAGACUUAUAUUGGGAGAGUACACUGGUAAGGAUUGAUUAAUUGUUUAUUAUCUAUGACUUGCUGGAAGUGGUCUGUGCCAUGCUGUACAAUUAUUAUGUAAACUUAAUCCAUGGUUAUGUAUACAGCUGACUAUUAAUUUUAUGACUGGUACACAGAUUCAUCUCAGAUUGCAACAUGCAAUGAGACUCAAGUGUCACCUGUUUUUAAUUAAAGGACCACUCUCGGCACCCAGACCACUUCAGCUUAAUGAAGUGGUCUGGGUGCCAGGUCCUUCUAGGGUUAACCCAUUUUUUCAUAAACAUAGCAGUUUCUGAGAAACAGCUAUGUUUAUGAAUGGGUUAAGCCUUCCCCUAUUUCCUCUAGUGGCUGUCUCAUUGACAGCCGCUAGAGGUGCUUGCGUGCUUCUCACUGUGAAAAUCACAGUGAGAGCACGCCAGCGUCCAUAGGAAAGCAUUAUGAAUGCUUUCCUAUGUGUCCGGCUGAAUGCGCGCGCAGCCAGCCGACGGGGGGGAGGAGGAGGAGAAGAGGAGGAUCGGAGGAGGAGAAGAGGAGGAUCGGAGGAGGAGAGCUCUCUGCCCAGCGCUGGAAAAAGGUAAGUUUUAACCCGUUUCCCCUUUCUAGAGCCGGGCGGGAGGGGGACCCUGAGGGUGGGGGCACCCUCAGGGCACUAUAGUGCCAGGAAAAUGAGUAUGUUUUCCUGGCACUAUAGUGGUCCUUUAAAGGAACAAUCCAGUGUUAUCUAUGAAUACAUUUAUGUAUAUCACUGGAGCGUUCUACUGCAAUUUUAGACUACUUUCCUGCCUUCCUGAAAAAAAGGGCUACUUACUAGUAAUUCUAGCAGUGAGACAGUCCUCUCCCUGCCACUCUGCUUCACCCGUCGGGAAUUCAUCACUACCGAUGAUAUACCAGCCAAUAGAAAGCUCCUCAUUCAGAAGCAUUAUGAUGAAAGAAGCUUGCAUGGCAAUCGCUGUGCUAUGUCUGCUUUGCAUGCAUGGCAAUCGCUGCGCUGUGUCUGAAUUCAAUGCUGCAUAAAGGCACAAAGCAAUUGAGUAGACCACCGUAAUUGACAGCUGGGAAGGUACAUCCCUGCAAUAGUAUGGGGCACUUCCUCGGCAUGGUAACGCAGGUUAGGGGUUUUUUGUUUGUUUUUUUUCCUUUCCUUUCCUUUUCCUUAUUAUUUCUUUUUUUCUCUGGGGUGGGAGGACUGUGCUAGUAUGGGUUACUCUAACAAAACAGUGUUUUAUUAAAACUCUGUUUUUUUUGGCUGGAAUAACCCUUUAACAUAAUUAAGGAAGAUGCUUAUGAGCUACAUUUCCAUGAUAUUCAUUCUUUCAGGUAUCAUAGUUAUCUAUGUUAUAGAGGAUAAAAUAUAUAUAUAUAUAUAUAUUUUUUUUUUUAUCAGGGGAAACCAACUAACAUCUGCCCAGCCGUUACUGAAUCUCAUUUCCCAUUAUUUUCUCAUACCCAUUGGCCAUCCAGCAGCAGGCUGAGGAUCAUGGGAUUUGUAAUUCAGCAAAAUCCAAAGAGCUGUCAGUUGCCCUGCUUUGAUCCUUUGAUACAUUGUGCAUGCAAAUAUUGAUAACCUUUGUUCUUUCCCUAUAGGAUUGAUGGUGAACCUGUCUCUUCUUCCUGUCAUGGCUGGUUUGGCUCUCUGCACUGCUACUGAAAUCAGUUUUAAUUUACUGGGCUUCUCUGCUGCUCUGUCCACAAAUAUCAUGGACUGGUGAGAUUACAGUGAGGUUUGGGAGGGGAAUGAAUGACGUGUAGAUCGCAAAUGUGGUUCAAAGUUCGAAAAGUGAAGCAAUCAGCUUCAUUCCAUUCCAUUGGUUUUAGUGGUGAUUGCUCAAGAGGUGAGAGGUGACUAGCCCUUAUAUCUCCAUGAGCUUUGGAAUUUAGUCAUUUUCUGUUUUGUUAAUCACAUAUCGGCGCUCUAUCUUGCUUAGCCAGCAACUUGCCUAACUUACUGUUAGAAGAAAAAAUUAGAAUAUAUGAGUUUAGACACUACUGCAGGACUUUACAUUUAUUCCCAUAAUGUGAGUUUUCACUCCGUACUAAUACUCUCCAUGAAGUCAUUACCUGUUAUGAUGUAACUCUUAAUGGAGUAUAAGGAAGAACUCACCUUUACAAGCCUAUAUUAACAGGAUACUGCUGAAAUUGCCUUGCAGGUUACUCUAAACACCAUAACUACCCCCAUGUCAUUGAAGUUGUUAUGGUGCAAAUACCCUGCCCCAGCCUGUCUUUUUAAAAAUGUCGGGACUGCCACCGUAGGCUGUCAGUCAGCCAACUGGAAUACUUUCUUUUAGGCUUGGUUUCAGCACACACAGCAUUAUAACCCCAAACACAUUGCAGUGUACCCAUGACUGGGUGAGUUAUACACAUUGGCAAAGCUCCUGCUGUCUGGAUCUUAGGCAAUUUAACUCUCUAACUCCAUGGUAAAGGAAAAACAUAAAUGGGUUCUGGUUUUAACUUCUGCCCUUAGUAGGUGGAGUGAUCAGAGAAAGACAAAUGCAAACCGCUCUGUUGAGAAUUUUAUGUCUCAUCAAAUUGAUUGCAAGUAAUUGUCUGCCUCUGCUGGACUGCAACUCCUAUUAUACUCAGUGAGCUACAGUGUUUGUCUGAAGAAUUUUAUCUUCAUAUAACAAGCCAGCAUUUUAAUGGGCAGAUAAGGAGUAUUACUAUAAAUUGACCCUUGAACUUAUUUUUGGGGAAGGGGUGGGGGCAUGGGCUUUCUUGGUGUUACCAAAGCUUUGUUAAUUCUUCCUCAGUUUCCAGAAUAAUUGCAGUGUGCUAAAUGGUGCAUUUGUGGCUCACUUGUUGAGGACUUUUCUCUAAUGUCCCAAGAAGGUAGGAACCACACCAAAUUCAGGACUGUUGAGGGGUGCAGGGUUUUUUUAUUUUUUUGCAUCAAAUCUGCUUUAUCCAAUUUCACAUAACCUGUUUUCUCUCUUUCUCUCCCCUCAGUUUGCAGAAUGUCUUUUCCAAGAAGCUGCUCAGUGGAGAUAAAUAUAGAUUUUCGUAAGUAUACUUCUCAUUGCCAGAACCAGAAAUUUAAAAGCCACAAAGCAAAAUGUCAUGUGUUGUCCCCACCCUCCAAAUUAUAUGUAAAAUGACAUACAUCCACUUAGCCAGUUUUUAUAGUAAUAUGAGUAACUGCAGCUAGUUUAAAAAAAAAUAAAAAGCCUAUAAACUGAGGGGAAGGAUUUUUUUCUUUGGUUUUGUGGGGGACAGGGGUUCUAUUUACCCAAUUUUCAAAUAAUUACAUGCGUAGAGAACAAAUAGUGCAAAAGAUGGAUAUGUGAAAGCCCUAUGAUCAGCGGUGGCUGGUGUUAAGAAACUUUUGUCUUUUGUUUUGUUUUGUUUUUUUUAUCUUCAUUUACGAAGUAUCCAACCCCUGACCAAUAACUGAAUAAUUGAAUUUAUAUGAAAAGCAAAAUGUGUUGGUACAGGUACAAAUUGAAAAUGUUCCAUGAUUCCUCAUGCCCAGCAGAAGACCAUAUUUGUACGUGCCCAGCAUGCAUGUAUGUGCAUAGCAUCAUGGACAGAUGUUGGCGAUCAUAGUAAUGUGCAGGUGAAAUUGAUUUUAUACAUUCCUCACUCCAGAAAACACUUCAGUAAGUUUACCCCUGUGAGAAAACAUUUAUUUGUAACCAAUUUAGGAGACUUUUCCAGUUUGAAUGGUUUGAUCGUUCCAUUCAUAUGGGGUAAGGUACUUCUUGGGCCUUUCACAUGAUUUGUAUGACUGGCCCAUGUGCAUUUAUUCUGUUAGGAUUAACCCUUGUACUCCCACUUGAUAUUCAAUCUGCAAUAGUGAACUUCAAUAAACUGAUGUUAAUAUGCUUCCUGAUAUACAGUUUACUUUAUUUGGGUGUUUGUCUCCACAGACCACCAGAGCUCCAGUUUUACACCAGUGCUGCUGCAGUGAUCAUGCUAAUCCCUACGUGGAUAUUUUUCAUGGUAAUGGAUAUUCGCUUUCUAUUCAAGCAGUUAUAUGGCUGUCUUCAGCAUGCUCACAUUGACUAGAUUACCUGCAAUUGUUUCUGUGUGACAGAAACUCAAGUCAUCCAAAUCCUAAAUGUGUGAGGGGCAUUUCCAACCAUUUCAAGGUUAAAAACAAAAUAUAUUUAUACCAAAACAAUGGACACAAUGAAUCACUCAGACCAUAAAGCCCAUUCAAAGGUGCAGAACAUUUCUACGUAUGUAUAUAAUGCAUUUUAUCGCAGAGAGGGUCACUGCCAAUAGUUUAUUCUUGCAUGCAGAGUUUUUUGUUUAUCCUAUAAUUUGAAUCCUAAAUAUAUUAUGAUUGGCUGAAAGCACCAAGCGGAAUUAACCUAUGAUUUCAAACACAUUGAUGUCACCUUUCAACUCUCUUUACCUGCUUUCCCCUAAAUUUAUUAAAGGACCGCUAUAGUGCCAGGAAAACAUACUCGUUUUCCUGGCACUUUAGUGCCCUGAGGGUGCCCCCACCCUCAGGGUCCCCCUCCCGCCAGGCUCUAGGGGGAGGAAGGGGUUAAACUUACCUCUUUCUCUAGAACCGGGCGGGGUGCUCUCUUCCUCCCUCUUCUUCCGUCAACGGCUGAAUGCGCAUGAGCGGCAAGAGCCGCGCGCGCAUUCAGCCAGUCCAUAGGAAAGCAUUCUCAAUUCUUUCCUAUGGAUGCUGGCGUCUUCUCACUGUGAAAAUCUCAGUGAGAAGCGCGGAAGCCCUCUAGCAGCUGUCAAUGAGACAGCCACUAGAGGCUCUAUUAACCCAUAUGUAAACAUAGCUGUUUCUCUGAAACGGCUAUGUUUACAGAAAAAAGGGUUAAUCCUUGCUGGACCAGGCACCCAGACCACUUCAUUAAGUUGAAGUGGUCUGGGUGCCUAUAGUGGUCCUUUAAAGAAAAAAGGGAAUUGGGGGCACACGCGGAACAUUCAUCUUACAGGAAUGGUACUGCUGAAGGGACUAAGGAACAACAAACCAAAAAAAAAAAAGUUUUAUCAAUAUGGCCAUAUGAUGGAAUCGAAUCCCAACAUUUGUUUGCGGACAUAGGUGAUAUUAAGUAGCCUUAUAAAGUUUUAAAAAGUUUAUGUGCGCCGUUCCUUGGUCAAUAUAUUUUCCUAAAUUUAUGGUAUCUUGCAGUAAUAAAACACAUAACUGGCAAGUACCAUGGCAUAUUCACGUGCAUUUUUACUUCUGUCUAAGAACAAAUUUCAUGUAAAGACUUUACCAACUCAUGAAGAAAUAUGGCUAAUCAUUUUACUCACAGUUGCGUAUAAGCAGACUAUGGAACCAUGGCUAUUUUGUGCUAUAUCUCCCAGAAUGCUUAGCUGCUCUCUGGUUAGUUCAGAAUGCAUGCCAAUUCCAUUCCACUAUGGAAAAUGGUGAUUUAGCUUACUGUGUCAGAUUAAUUCACUUUCAUUCCUGGAGGACAAAAUGCAGAUUAUGUUAAAUAGAUUAUUGAAUGCCUAUAAAGAGGUUCAGUUUAUUUAAUUCAGUGUUUUUUAAACCUUGUUUAGUUCAUGAUGUUUAAGACAAGCCCUUAGUUGAGCAAGGGAUAUUGCUAGAGCACAUUCAAGAUGUUUCUGUUAAUAGAAUUACUUGAUAAAUUAUGAUUUUGAUGAAAUGUGUAAUCAUUAUUUUCUCAAACAUAUUCAUGUAUGUAGUUAUGUUCUCUGCUGAUAUAGGCUUGGUAAAUGUAUGUACCCCUAUCUUAGCUACUAAAACCCCUUAAUUUGCAUUGUUCUCCCCCAAAGACAAUGGUUUAAAAGAAAUUGACAGGUUGAUUGUAAAUGUCUGUAACAGAUUCUUUGUUUAACAUAGGACAUGCCAGUGAUUGGUAAAAGCGCCAAAAGCUUCAAUUACAAUUGGGAUAUCAUUGUGCUCCUCCUUAUUGAUGGUGUUUUAUUCCACCUACAAAGUGUCACGGCAUACGCCCUCAUGGGAAAAAUCUCACCGGUGACAUUCAGGUAAAUGGGAUUUUUUUUUACAUUUACCUUCAGUGUGCAAGGAUCAUUGGCUGUGAGAAUCUGUGGUUGAGUUUUGGAAAGCUGUAUCUGUGCGAGCAAAUCACAUAUUAGACUUGUAACAUUACAAUCUGUUAAAAUUAAGUUGAAGAUUCACGUAUAGUAUGGGAGGAUUUUACACAUAGGGUUAGCUACUUUUAUACAAACAGUAUAGUCACUGUAUAAAAAUAUGCUUUUUGGCUAUAUUUUUCUAUUACCAUUUAAAACACCAAUACAGAGCUAUUUACAGCUGUGCUUAAUUGUACCUAGAUACAGCUUAUACCCUUUUAAACAAUAAUUGAAGAACAGUAGUUCAUGUAAAUGAUAUAAUCUUUAUUUCUGCCAACAACCGUAUGUUACAUUGUCACUUCCCUGUAAACAGAUCCACUGAUAAGUGUGUGUCUGAGAAUGUACAAAAAAAAACUGAGAGAUAAAUAUGUGUUAUGUGUCUAGUUAUCUAUGUGUUGUUUUUUUGGUUAAGUUGUCGUGAGGCUACUAUUGGUUUAGGCAGCAGUUUUAUUUGUCGUCUUUGAUGAAAAUAAUUGCUCCAAAGUACUGCCCCACAUGUUCCAUAAACCCACUAUUAGUUGUCUUUAAUGGAGUUCUUACUGGUCAGUUUAACAUUUUAGAAUCUUGAUGUACCAAUAGAAACGUAAUAGGUAUCUUUCUUAUGUUUGGAGGAAAAUAUCAGUAUCUAACCUAAGUCUUGUUAUCAUUGGUUGCCUCUGUGGUGUCCCAGAAAAUGACUGAAUAGUUAAAUUUAGCUCUAAACUAGAUUGUCACAAAUACAGGACUGUGAUAACUUACAUGCUUUAGUUGAGUGACUUAGCGUGAUGGCUAAGUUGGCUAACACACAAAGUCAGGACGUCCGGGUAUCCAAUAAGUACAAAAACAACAACAAAAAAGACUAGCCAGCUCCAUACUGUGAUUAUAUUAUUUAGCUCCCUAACAUAACAAGUAUUUUGGCAUUAUAAUAUAUCAGCAAAUAUUAUCAUUGCAGCUUUUAUUGCUUUGUUCGUUCAUAUAUGGUGGUAUGGGAGAUCUAAAAAUUAAUCUUUUUUUAAAAUCGUAGUGGAAAUAUAGGACAGAUUUCUAACACUUGAGUUAUCACCAUGAGAAAAUGACUGCUCCACCUUUUAGAAUGCACUUUGGUCAGAUCUUCUUUAUGCAUAACUUUUAUUGUAUGCGUUGAUUAUUGUGGUCUUUUCUAUAAAUAUCUGUUCUGAUUGUUUCUUGUCUGUCUUUUUGGUUGUAUAAUUAUACAUACAACCACAGAGCCUAUUAAAAGUGAAAUGACACUUCUCUAGACUACUCUAUUGGACACAACAUUGAAAAUCUUUGAAAAUGAACUAUAACUUGUGUUAUGACAACAUAAUCCACUUCAGAAAAAGGUUAGCGCUGUCAACAAUGGUUCACAGUGAGCCGUUCAGUUCCAGUAUAGAAAUAAAUACAGCAGUGCGGAUUCAUACAUUUAAAUUUAUUUUUCAGACGUCACAAACACAUAUUUGUCAAAUAGAAGGAAUAAGCAAACAUAAUAAUAAAAAAAAAUUAAUUAGAAAAAUAUAACCAAUUCAGAGAUUUGACAGCCCUCCUUUCAUAGCUUUCCCCUUGCAUAUUUGUUCUAACAGUGACUGACAAUGUAGAAUUUAGUCUAAUUGUGAAGUCUUGAUAUACUGUAUUGUUGAUGUCUUGGUAUAACAGAUGGAACCAUUUUUUAAAAUUUAUUUAUUUUUUUUGUCUUUGCAGCGUUGCCAGUACCGUGAAGCAUGCUCUGUCUAUUUGGCUCAGUAUUAUUGUGUUUGAUAAUAAGAUUACCAUCCUUUCUGCCAUUGGGACGGUUUUUGUCAUCAUUGGGGUAAUGCUUUAUAACAAGGCCAGGCAGCACCAACGAGAAUCUUUUCGCACAUUAAGUGCCCAGACAGCCAUUGAGGGCUCUGAGCAGUUAAAAGGACAGGAUCAGAAAUCUCAUGGGAAAUAACAUUUACACCAUUACCACUGCCUAUUAAUCCUGCCAUUGAAAUCUGAUUUCCGCGCUAGCAGAGAAUUAACAACAAAGUGUCUGUCUGCUUUCCAGGGCACGGUAAAUUGGAGCUUGCAGUACUAUGAAGUGUUGAAUCCAAUUAGGUUUCUCCUUGCAUCAUAACCCAUAUCCAAUUAUGAGUCAUGUCCAAAUCCCGAUGCUCUGUAGCCCUGUGGACUGUACUAGUAAUUGUUUACAACAGGAUUUCGGAGACCACUUCCACCCACGAAGUACAAAUGCACUUUUCAGGAGCUAAGAAGCUGUCAAAUUUAAAAGGGAAUUUAUAUAUUUUUUUCUUCUUUUUACAGCAUUUAUGCCUGGAAAGAAAGGUUUAAAAAAAAAACAAAAAAAAACUUUGAACUUGUUUGCAAGGUUGGAAUUACCAUUAUGCCUCUUACUGUAAAUGUCAAUGCAAAAUUAGGACUGACUGUAAAGUCCUAUUUAUGUACCGGGACCAUCCAUCUAUAUGUUCUCUGCUAAGGAAAAGACACAUUUUUUUGAUUAAUGAAAUGUUCUGAAAAAAGCUAUUAAUAUUUUAUUGGUGUGAUGUCAUCCUCUCCUGUCACAGAUUCAGUUGCUCAGUUACAUCCAUUUACCUUUUUGUUCUCAUUUAUACCAGAAACAUGUUAUCAGAGAAGUGCCUACUUCAGAUGAUCAGGGUCAGGCAGUAAAGUUCUGCAGUAACAGCAAGAGGACGUUGUAAUCAUGAAAAGGAUCUAGAGUCCCUUACUAUCUAUUUACAUAUAGAAAUAAUUGCUCCCUACAGGUAGCAGUAAGUGGAUUUAGGCAACCUUCAUGAUUCGGUGUGAAGCAUUGGGGUUUUCCAUACAGAGAAUAAAAUAACGUAUCUUUAAAAGUAUAUGCCAUUCUAUCCACAUGUUAAAGGAGCAUUAUAGGGUCAGAAACACAAGCAUAUAUUCCUGACCCUAUAGCGUUAACACCACCAUUUAGGUGGCUUGCCCCAUUAACACUCUUAAAAGGUAAUAAAACUUACCUUAUUUCCGACCCUGAACCGCCUCCUUGCUGACAUAAUCAGAUUUUCUGAUUUUUAGCCAAUCGAAUGAUUUCCCAUAGGAAAUCAGCAAGGAGGGGGGGCGACGGCAAGGCAAAACUCUGGAUUGGCCAAUUAGCACCUUCUUAUAGAGAUGCAUUGAAUCGGUGCAUCUCUAUGAGUAAAACUCAACAGCUCUUCAUGGGGCAGCUCUGCCCCAUGAAGCAUCUCUAGUAGCCAUCUGAGUGGCUGCCAGUGGAGGUAUCCCUAGGGGGGCAAUGUAAACACUGCCUUUUCUCUGAAAAGACAGUGUUUACUGCAAAAAGCCUGAAGGGAAUGAUUAUAUUCACCAGAACAAAUUCAAUAAGCUGUUGUUGUUCUGGUGACUAUAUUGUCCCUUUGAGUGUAUAUUGUUUCAACAGCUUCUACCCAAGAAGCAAAAGUUAACACUAAAAAUAAAACAGUCUAGUGGUUUUUAUAUCCCUUGCGAUGAGUAUAUCCAGUAUAACCAGCCAUAAUUUAUAUUUUUAUACAUUUUUUUUUUUUUUAUUCUUUAUUUUUGCAGUGCAUGUAUAAUUGACAAACAGUUGUCUGCAUCAAAUAUCGGUAUCAUACAAGAUUUUGUAACUAAGGUUCUUGUGGUUUAAGGUAGUUUGUCUGCACCAUUUUAUGUGUGUUGUUAUCAGAGAGUAGUCUAUCAAGGUCAGUCGUGGUGUAGCUUACGAGAGUUGUAUAUUCGUGUGGGUGAGUGGUGAUCCGAGGGACAUGGCUUGGAGUGCUGGUAUGCGGGCUGUAAAGUAGCAGGACAUAUGGCAUAGUUCUCAUAGGUAUUGUGGCGUUGUUUCUCAUGGCCCCUUUCUCUGAGUGAUGUGCCCCCUACCUUGGCGGUAAUGGGGGGGGGGGUGUAUUUCUCACCUGGGUCGGUAGAGGUGUGUAUUGUCCCGAUCUGUUAGUCGUGGUCUGCGGUCAGUGUUAUGCUGUAUCUGGUAGUGUGCUCUCAGUGUGUGUGUGUGUGCAUAAUCAUAACGAUAAACAGCAGACCCCUAACGAUAAACAGGAUUUUAAACAGAAAAGAGCAAUUCAACUUUUUGGUCAUCAAGGAUGCCAUGUGUCCAAUUUCUCACGGCCGGUGUAUCGGCAGGAGUCCCGUUCAGGGGUUGGGCAAUCAAGUCCCAUGUGUAUUUGGGCCUCUGGGCACGAAGGGUUUCGAUGUUGGCUGGGUCCCAUCUGCUACUGGAGGUUCUGGCAGAUGCUCCUGUGCCCAGAGCUGGUAGGAACGUCUGUGAGUCUGAGUGGAGUGUGUGUAGCUCCAUUAUGUGUCGCCACUAGGGAUCCCAUCGUUCCCCAUCUGUAGGGCAUCCCUGAGGACUGGAGGUGAGCUGUGACGGGUCCCAUGGAUCUGCGCCACUGCAGGGUCGUUUUGGAGAGGUCUUGAAAAAAGUUCAGGUGUGUGCCUUCGAACUGCAGGGGCGUUUUGCCUCGUAGAGCCGACAUAAUGUGAGUUCUGUCAGAAAGGGAGGUGCAGCGUAUGAUAACAUCUCUCGGUGUGUUGGGAGAGGGGUUCGCUGCAUUGGUGAGGCGGUAUAUGCCUGCUAAGGCGAUUUUCUUAGCCACCGCGGGUGGCAGGAUGGACGCCAGCAGCAUCCGGGUGUAAUGAGGUAGUUCUUCUGCCGUUGUGUCGGCCGGUACGCCCCGUAUCUUUAUAGUGUUGUGGCGUUGUUGGUCCUCUAGGGUGGUCACCCUCUGGGAGAUAUGGAGCUGUUGAGUGUGGAGUCGGUUUACCGAUCUGCCCAGGGAGAUCACUGUGGAUUGGGUUGAUUUGAGGUCGUCCUCUGCUGCUUUUAUGCGAGUGGUGUUAGCUUGGAUCUCUUUCCUGAGCAGUGCCCUGUCCACCUCCAUCAUCUUGCGUAAUUCCGAGAAGAGCAUUUUUAGCUCGCCCUUGGUGGUCGGGGCUGAGCUGUCGGUUAGUUGUAGGCUCAUGGGUUGCUCAGAUGGUGGAGGGGAUGAGGUGUCCCCGGUAGUAUUUUUAUACAUUUUAUGGAUACAUCAUGUGCUUACUUUUUAUUUUACUUGUUGGGAAAAUAGUUCACUGCCAGUCUAUACCUUUUUGUUUGGCCAGGUUAAAAACAUUUAAAGAGACAUUCCGCACACCUCUUAUUUCAUUUUACAAAAAAGUGCAGAUUUCAGUAUAAAUUAACCUUGUUACACGCCUCUGGCUGUCAGACAACCAAUCAUGUUACUACCUGGAGGUUUAGCUCAGUGGAGCUAAACACAAGAGGAUGACUAUUGUCCAGAGCACUUGUCUUGCAAAAACUUCUCAUUGAGCUGCAUUGAAGAGUCAAUGUUUGCACAGCCACAGAAAGUCUGGGCUGGGGAAGAAGAAAGGUCUUGCAAAGGCUGCAGACAAGAGAUCUGCAGAUUUUGCAAGCUGUUUCUAGGUAUAUGCAAAAUAAAAACAAUGCAUGCUUGUUUUCAUUGGGGGUAUAUCUGAAUAAACAUAAAUUAUUUAACACCUAAAUGGAAGAGAAUUGAAUAGUGAGACUGCAGGAACAUGAUCUAUGCUCCAAAAUGGCUUCAUUAUGCUAAAGUUGUUUUGGUGACUGUAUUGUCCCUUUAAUGUUGUGAUGGGGUUAAUUGUGGCUGUCUUGUUAAGAAAUCUUCUAAUAGUUCUAUCACAAGUUUUUAAUCAUGGAAGAAAUGCUAACCAUAUCUAAUUUUAAUUAUCUGAUUAUAUUUAUCAUUUGACUUGUUCCUUUUAUGUAUUUACACAUGCACUAAAUCCUGUUUUUGACAGGCAUCAAUUAACAAAAAAAGCAAGGAGGGACCCUAUCUUACUAUGAUAUACAACCUGUACAUUUUGUGAAACAGUUGUUACGCUUUUGUCCAUGUUGUGGAUGUACUUGUACAAGUGUUGGCAGUGUAACUGAGAUUAUGGAAAAUGUUCAAACGUGUUUUUUUUUUUUUUUGUUUGUUUGUUUUUACAUUUGUAAAAUUGUGUGUGUGUGUGUGUGUGUAUGUAUGUAUGUGUGUGUGUAUAUAUAUAUAUAUAUAUAUAUAUAUAUAUAUAUAUAUAUAUAUUUUAUGUGAAUCUGUCAUUUUGAUUUGCUUUUGAAGCUCUUUAUAUACGUCCUUUCGUUCUGUCUAGCAUUCCAACACAACCAUUCUCACCAUGGCUUCUGUAAAACUCAAACUUUGGUCCUCUUACUAUGCAGCACCAGUGUCCCUGCUUGUGGAUACUUCCUCUAUUAGGGUAAUCUCCUAAUGACAACAAUAUUCUGGAUUCAUUGCUAGCCCAUCAUUGUCAGACAGGAGUGACUUCAGUCAUUCUAUGUCUGUAUUUUCCCAGCAAGGAGUUACUCUGUGACAGAGUGCAGGAGAAUAUUCUGUUUUUUUGUUUUUUGCUUAAUAUAUUCCUGUUUUCCUGGACUGUUUUACUGAAAGAUCCAACCAUUGAUACAGCAGUCAAUCAAUAUGAAGGUUAACCUUAUACAUUCCAUAUGUGUUGACAAUAAUUCCCAUCAUGCCUCCACAGCCAUAUGGAAAAUGUCAUUCAUAGCAUUUGCAGUUCAAUAAGUUAGAAAUCUCAUGUGUGUUAUAAGCAAUCCAUCCCAUUUGAAUUCUAAGCUAGCACUGGGGGGGGCGGAGUGUAAGUAUUUGUUCCUAAUUCUAUAAUACAGAAGGUUAAGAACAAACUUAGAAUUAACGAUUAAAAAGAAUGAAUUAGGGUGGGGGAUUAUACAUACAUAGAUACAUAUAUAUUUAUAUGUACUAACAAAAACUGGUGAUUUGAGUAAAAUGUACCUAAUUUUAACAACCACCGUGUUGUUAUUAAUGAUGUUGCCAAAGUAAUUUAUCCUUUAAACCUGUGGAUUAUACAGAAAUAUCUAUUUUUAUGAACUGUGGUAAUAUCCCUUUUGUGAUAAUCGUGUGUCUGAACUGUGGUCUUAAAAUAUAUUUUAUUGUUGUGUUGUGUAGCUGUAUAUUUUUAUGUAGCAUGUGUUAUGUUGCAGUUUAAAAACAAUGGUAAUAAUAGAACAAAAGGUCAUUUUGUAACUUUUACAGGAUAUUUAUGUUAAAAUGUCCAUACAAUGACAAAAGCAAAGAUUGCUAUGUGUAAGCGGGCUUUCUCCCUCCCCCCACUAACCCCCAGCAGGCUUGCAAGAUGCUACUGUUAACAAAAAAACACUAUGUUAAAUUGGCAUUUAAGCAAAAUUUUAGAUUGUUCGUGGCAUGUAGAAAGUAUAUAUAUUGUCAUGUAAGGAUAAUAAAAUGCCACCCAUACAUUUUGCUAGCCAACGUAGAGAUUGCAUAUUAUUCUAUCAUUAAAUAUAUGCAGUUCUAGGGGGGAGAGUUAUCAAAAUGGCUUGAACUGAAAAUGGUGCAAAGUUCUAAAAGCAAAUCACCCACCAUGGAAACAGAAUCAGCAGGCACAUUCCUUUUACAACGUUAUGCCUUUUUUCAGAACACAAACUUCCCUUAAUGUCUUCAGUUUAUACCAGUUAAUCCCAGAAUGCUUUGCAUGCCACCAUGGGGUAUGUGUGUACACUGCACAGUUUCAGGGGAAGUAUAUAUUUUUUAAUCUGUAUGUUUCCUAGCAAAUUCCCUAGUGGAAUAUAUAGAUUAUGUUAUCACUGACUGGAAAUCAAUCAAAUCAUUCAAAACCAUGUAGAUGGCAGGUCCACAUUAAGUGCCUCUAUUUGUAUCGGAGUAUGGAAACCUUUUUAUGUACAUAUUUGUGAAAGUAAAAAAAAAAAGUUACAAUAGUGUGGCUUCUAUUGAAUUGCGUCCAAGUGGCUUGUCUCUGCUUUCAUUCCUACGUGUUGAAGCCUUUGUAUCGAUCUGUUUCAAUAAUGUUGCCUCCAAGACGAGUAGUUGACAUUAACAUUAAGAGUUAAAGGGCAGUAUUUCUCAAACACGACUAGUUGUGCUUUAGCUAUUGCUAGGACUACAGAACAUAGGUCCCUAUAAUAAGUGUUAUAUUAGUGGGUCUCGUUUGUUAACAUCAGUGUGUCCCAAUCAAAACUCCAACACUGUUAACCUAAUGAAGCAGAGAGUCUAAUGAAUGUUUUGCAAUUAAUUAUUUUAGUAUAUAUUACAUCUAAAGGAUGGUUCACCUAACUAUAAUUUUUGGUUUUUUAUUAUGAACCAGUGGUAUGAUUUAAAUGAUCUGUUCUUUAAACUGCAAUUUAGUACAUUGUGGAUGUUUUCAAUUUUGAUUAAAUGCUAGCCAUGUUCAUUUGAGGAAAAAAAUGGUUUUCUUGAAGAAAUAAUGACUAAAAAUAGUUGUAUUCUAUUCACAUUAUGAAACGCAAAAAAACUUUUCAAAAACACACUACUCGCUUACCGACUGUGUUCCGUUCAUACGACCCGGUCGUAGAACGAAUUGGUCGGUAAUUGAAGAGUUAAGGGAUUCCCUGCUCGGCUGCGUUCUUCUAUGUUCAGGGAAAUUAGAUUAGAGGGAUUCCCUGUUCUGUUGCGUUUGUCUAUGUUCGGGGAAAUAUCCACGAACAUAGUAGAACGCAGCAGAGCAGGGAAUCCCUCUAAUUCCCACGACAGCUCGCACUUACCACCCCGCGAGAGAGCUGGUCGUAAGUGCGAGCCAUCGUAAAGCAGGUAGGUCGCAAAACGAGGACCACCUGUAUAUCAUGGAGUCUUUUACGUUAAAGGGACACUCCAAACACCUAAAACAAUUUAGAUUGCUGAAAUGCUUUAUGUGUGAAGUCUUUCGUGGUUUUUUUUUUUUUUUUUUAAUUUUACAAAAAAGCUGGUUUCAAUAGAAAUUGUCACUUUUAUAAAUUAACCUUGUUACUCCCCCCUGGCUGUCAAUCAGACAACUGUUUCUGCUCCUGGUUGUUUAGCUCAAUGAGGCAGCAAUUGCACAGAGCACCUGCCUUGUAAAGACUUCUUAUUGAGCUGUAUUGGGAAGUCUGUGAUUGGACAGCCACAGAAAGACUGGCUGAAGAAGAAGGCUUGCAGUGGCAGCUGAGGAGAUCUUCAACUUUUGCAAGCUCUUUUUAGCUAUAUCCCCAAUUAACAAACACAAUAAUUAAAUGUAUGCAUGGUUUCAUUGGCAGCAUAUAUACUAAAUAGUGAUUUUUAUAUUUUUUGUCUUUGGGCAGUAUAAUGUCCCUUUGAUGACUGGAGUACCUUAGACCUGAAAUGAUGAACGACUAUCAAACUUCAAACAGAUUUUAAAUAAAAUAGUAUUAUUAGGAGUGGCAAUAAGAGACCAUACUACCAUGAUAGAGAGAGAAGCAGGCGGGCAGGUAUUUGGGAGAGUGUGGGGAAUUUGUUACUCUCACUAUAAAGGGCUUCCUAAGGCCUCCUACAAUAUGUUUGGGUCACAUAUAUAUUAUUUUGGAAAUAUCUGAACUACUAAGCCAUAAUUUGUCACCCAUUACGUAAAAAUGUCCCUAAUUUCUUUACAGUAGACCUGCUAACUGAAAUAACCUAACUUGACAUACUGGUGUAUCUGAUUAAAGGUUGAUUCAGGCAAGAUUUUUAAUAUUGUGUUUCCUCAUUUAUUACAAGUAUUUUUUUAACAGGAGUUACCCGUUUGUAUCUGUACCUUGUUGUGAAACAGUCACUGCUUUUCUUGCAGCUCUGCAAAUAACAAGCUUUUCUAUGACACAAAGAAUGUUUAUAUUUCGCUUUCACAAUGUCAUAAUAUUUUGACCCAUAAUUAUCCCUACAACAAGGAACAGUGAACAGGUCUGAAC